AUGGCUUUAACCCCUUGUCCGCCGCGUUGUGGUACGACGACAGAUGUCGACGAAUGCGCGGAGGCGGGGAAAUGCGGGCUGAACGCGGAGUGUUCUAACUCGCCGGGAGAGUUCUCGUGCGCAUGCCGCGCGGGAUUCUCAGGAACGGCAUCUAGCGAGUGCUUCGAUAUCAACGAAUGCGGCAGGGUUGGUGCGUGCGCCGUGAACGCGAAAUGCAUCAACGAACCCGGGGGAUUCAAGUGCCUGUGUCCCGACGGGUUCUCCGGAGACGGACACACUGCUUGCACUAAUGUGGAUGAGUGCGUCAUUGGGACUCCGUGUGGAGAACACACUACCUGCGAGGACACAGUUGGUAGCUACGUUUGCACCUGCAAGGAAGGAUUCGAGCGUGGUGAAAACAAAACAUGUCAUGAUAUCAACGAGUGCGUGGUUUUGUCGCAACCUUGCGGAAGGAAUGCCAUCUGCCAGAAUGCUGUCCCUGGGUACACCUGCAGCUGUCCUAUGGGUUACGAUGCCAAACCGAGAGCUGACAUUGGCUGUGAACAGAUGUCAGUGAGAACACUGUGUGGCAGCAACUUCGACUGUGUGAACAACGCCGAGUGCAUCAAUGAAGAAUGCGUCUGCAGACCAGGGUUCACCGCAGUUGGGGCUACUUGUGCGGACAUCAACGAGUGCCUCCAGAAUCCCUGUGGUCCCCACGCCGUAUGCAACAACUUACCCGGAAGUUACACGUGCCAAUGCGAAAAUGGAUUUGUUGGAAGCCCUCCGUCUGCGCCGUGCAAAGCACCCUGCGACGGUGUCAAUUGCGGGCCGCAUGCAACGUGCAAACCGCAAGGAAAAGAAGCCCAUUGCAUUUGCGAAACUGGCUGGUCGUAUGAUCCCGCCAGGAUUGACGCUGGUUGUGUUGAUGUUGAUGAGUGCAAUCCGAGAAUCGGUCCCUCGGGGAUGUGUGGAGAAAACGCCGUUUGCACAAACACGCUUGGAAGUUUCGCCUGUCAAUGCCCUCCUGGUUACUCGGGAAAUCCCUUCGGACGUUGUGUUGAUGUUAACGAAUGCUUGCGCCCUCUGGUGUGUGGUAAUGGAGCCGUGUGCGAGAAUCUCCCUGGAUCUUACAAAUGCUCCUGCCCGGCUGGAACAAUUCCAGAACCCGAUCCAUUCACUGCCUGUAUCGACUACGUCAAGUGUUCUAGUGACAACGACUGCCCUGGAAAUGCUAUUUGUGAUCCUAACAAGCAGUGUCUGUGUCCAGAGCCUAACAUUGGACAAGAUUGCAGACAUCCCUGUGAAGAUAUUUUCUGCGGUCCAAAUGCCGAAUGCAUGCUCAUUAAUGGCCGACCGAAGUGCAUGUGCGCAACAGGCUUCACUGGCCGACCUAACAUGGCUGGUUGCGUGGACAUAAACGAAUGCCUGGGGAACCCUUGCGGACGAGGAGCCCUCUGCAGAAACGAACCAGGAAGGUUUACCUGCGAAUGCCCAUCUAAUACAGCGGGAAAUCCUUACUCCGGGGAAUGCAAACAGCUUUCUGCCCCAGGGUGCUCAGCGAGUAACCCGUGUCCCCCUGGCGCAGAAUGUGUGAAAGAAGAGGCCACUGGGAACAGGGUCUGCGUUUGCAAGAGAGGUUUCGUGAGGGAUCCGGCUUCAGGGGUUUGUGCUGACAUGGACGAAUGCCUUGGCUCCAGGGCCUGUGGCUUUAACGCGCUUUGCCGGAACCACAUCGGAUCCUACUCCUGUGAAUGUCCACCUGGCUUUGCGGGCAACCCAUUCUCAGCCUGCACGGAAUGUGACUCAGCCGAGUGUGCUUGUCUGCCACCCAGCAAAUUCAUUGAUGGAGCCUGUGUGCUGGCAAACUGCUCGAUAUACAACCCUUGUCCACCAGGAGCAGAUUGCGUGAAACUAAGGAAUGGACAGACCUACUGCGCAUGCCCACAAGGAUUCCACACCAUGAAAGACGGCAGUUGUGAUGAUAUAGACGAGUGCCAGUUGUCCAAUAAUCAAAGGGUAUGCGCCUUCGGUGCCCAGUGCAUAAACCUGCCGGGACGAUUCGAGUGUAUCUGCCCCGAGGGCUACCGUGGAGACCCGUACAAUGGCGUGUGUUCCCUGGCUGCCAAACUGGAUUGCGUCAAAGAUGGCGAUUGUAGGUCCAACGAGAAAUGCGUCCAGCCCGGAGAAUGCGUUUGCCCUCCUCCAUUCUUUGUGGAUACCACGGAUAACAACAAGUGCAAGAGCCCCUGCGAGAGAUUCCCCUGUGGGCUCAACAGCCUGUGCACCCCGUCGGAUCCUCCGAGAUGCAUGUGCAAGAAGGGAUUUGCUGGAGACCCACUUCGAGGCUGUGCAGAUGUUAACGAAUGUGCCAGGAACCCUUGUGGAGCCGGAGCUGUGUGCAUCAAUGAGAUCGGCGGCUUCAAGUGUGAAUGCCCUCCUGGAACUGCGGGAGAUGCUUUCAAAAGAUGCGAUAGUCUCAGACCCGAAGUUAAGGAGGCUGAAUGCGAUGAUGACUCGUCUUGUGGACCUGAUCUGGCUUGCAAAGAUGGCACUUGUAUCAACCCGUGUGCCGCAUUACCUUGUGGACUGAAUGCCGUCUGUACCGUGGAGAACAGUGCUGCUUGGUGCAGGUGCAUGCCUGGUUUCCAAGAAAGCGGCAAUGGAUGUGUGUCCGUCUGUGCUGGUCACCAGUGCGGGGAAAAUGCACAAUGCCUGGUGGCAGCAGAAGGACUCACCUGCAAGUGCUUGGAUGGGUUCAAUGGCAACCCCUUCCCUGGCGGAGUGUGUCACCCAGACGUUUGCUCCAGCUCGAACCCGUGUGAAAGCCCACAAGUCUGUGUCCAAGGCAGAUGUAAGGAAAGAUGUGAAGGGAUCACGUGCGGGGUGGGAGCCAAGUGUGACAAGAAUUCCAACAAAUGCGUCUGCUUGCCCUUUUUCAUUGGAAACCCUGACUUGCUCUGUGUACCACCCGUCCUGCCGCCGAUUUGUUCACCGCCGUGUGGACAAAACGCACAUUGCGAGUACGGCUUUCCAAACAAGUGCGUUUGUGAUGCCGGGCAGUCUGGCAAUCCUUAUGAGAUUUGUGGAGCCCAGGAAAGGACAUGUGAUGCCACCGUCUGUGGUACCAAUGCCAACUGCAAGAGUGGGCUCGGCAGGGUUGACUGUGUCUGUCCUAUUGGCUUCCGUGGCAAUCCGUAUGUUGGAUGCGAAGACGUGAACGAAUGCAUGGGCAAUGCUUGUGGAAUGAACGCCAUUUGCAUCAAUACGAUUGGAAGUUACGAUUGCCAAUGCAAAGAAGGCCACACUGGAAACCCCUUCAUGAUGUGCAUGGCAGUGGAAAGCUUGCUAGAUGAGUCCUGCGUUGAAAAUCCAGUCAGUUGCAGGUGUGACAACGUUAACAUCUGUCCUGCGGGAUUCUCUUGCCAGAACGGAAAUUGCAUCAGCCAGUGCGAUGGGGUUUCCUGUGGACCAAAUGCAGUUUGUUCAGAGGGACUAUGCGCUUGCAUAAAUGGAUUUUCCGGGAACCCUACUGAUCUGAUCUUGGGUUGUCGUGGGCAUGAGUGCGACAAUGACCUGGAUUGCCAUUCUGAUCAGAUUUGCUUUUCCGAGACCAGCAAGGGACAACGAAAAUGUGUAGAUGCCUGCAGAAAAUUCCAAUGCGGACCAAAUGCUGCUUGUGUGGCUGAGAACCACAGAUCCACAUGUAUCUGCUUACAGGGCUUUCUUGGGAAUCCUAACGACCUGAGAGGCGGCUGUUCACCUUUGCAGAGGACAGAAUGCUCCAUUGAUGAGGACUGCCCCGGGGAACUGGUGUGCCAGUCCGGCCCGAAUGGGAUCCCUCAGUGUGUCAACCCCUGCAGGAACAUCUUCUGCGGGCAGAAUGAAGCCUGUGUUCUGAAGAAUGGGUACCCGAUUUGUGAAUGCUUCGACGAUUACAUCAAGAACCCUCUGUCCGGCACGUGUGACAAACCAAGUAUCCCUGACUGCUCUGUCGACACAGACUGUGCAACCAACAGCGCGUGCCGCGCAGAUGCACUCGGUGUCAUGAAAUGUGUACCGGUUUGCGACGGAGUGACGUGCCCUGCUCAUGCUUCUUGCGUACCCAGUGCUCACAGAGGCAUUUGCAGAUGCUUGCCUGGCUACGUUGGCAACCCCAACAGCAGGGAAGGCUGCAUGUCCAAACCGAAAGACCAAUGCUUCUCAGAUUCCCAAUGCCUGGAAACCGCCGUUUGCAAGGAAGCCGGAGGCAUCAAGAGGUGUGUUCCGACCUGUGAUUAUGUUCAGUGUGGCCCAGGAGCAGUGUGCGUGGCCAAUAAUCACGAAGGCCAGUGCCAGUGUCCUCCGGGGAAAUAUGCAGGGGAUGCCAAUGACUUACAAUCCGGCUGCAGGCUAGUGUCCUGCCUCGUGAACCAAGACUGUCCAAAAACACAUGCGUGUAACCAAGUGGAUUAUUCCUGCGUUGACGUGUGUUCUGAUGCUUGUGGACCAAAUGCGAUUUGCAUUGCCGAAGGACAUCGUGCGCAAUGCUCUUGUCGGCCAGGGUUCAAACCGGAUUCCACACCUGAAACUGGGUGUGUACCAGCAAACCCGUGCGACUCAAACCCUUGCCACUCCACAGCGAGAUGCUCAGGCACACCAGCCGGUUAUCAGUGUGACUGUCCGCUGGGCUUUGCCGGAAACCCAUAUGUGGAUGGAUGUCGGAAAUCUGGCGGGUACUGCACCAAGCAUGAAGAUUGCUCCUCAGAUGCUGUUUGCACCAAUGGCGCUUGCAAGAACCCUUGCCAAGGGGACAUAUGUGGACCGAAUUCCCAGUGCUCAGUGUCUGACCAUCAACCCCUAUGCACUUGCCUGACCGGGUUUGUGACCAUUGAAACCAACUCUGGGAGACAGGAAUGCAGAAGAGUUAGUGCUGAGUGCUUGGACGACUCCGGUUGCGGCGGAGAUGUCUGCAUCCAUUCACAAUGCAAGAUUGUGUGCCAGACAAACAACGACUGUGCGGUGGGUGAAAGUUGCGUUUCCAACAUGUGCAUGACGCCCUGCUUGGGACAUGCCCAAUGUCCACCAGGACAAGCGUGUCUUGGAAGGUUCUGCACCCUGGGAUGUAGGAAUCACGGAGAAUGCAGCAAUAAUGAGGCGUGCAUCAGCUCCAAGUGCCAAAAUCCCUGUGAUCGCCCUGGAUCCUGUGGAGCCAAUGCAGAAUGCCUGGUCGUGGGCCAUGCCGCUCGGUGCUCUUGUCCUGAGGGUUUCCAGGGUAACCCAAGUCCUCAGCAAGGCUGUGUUAGGACUCUCGUGAGUUGCAAGUCUGCGCAGGAAUGUCCUGAUGAUCACAUCUGUCAGGCUAACCAGUGUAGACCAUCCUGCGCAAGUUCUGCGGAUUGCGUGACUGGAGAACGCUGUGAAAAUGGCAUGUGCAUGAAGGUCUGCUACAACGACAACAACUGUCUUCAAGGAUCCGUGUGUGUGGAAGGAAUGUGCCAGUCAGGUUGCCGAGUGGCCAGUGACUGCCGGUCGAACGAAGUGUGCAUUGGGAACCAAUGCAGGUGCUCACCUGGGUUUAUCUACACGAAUGGGUUGUGUGAGGAUAUCGAUGAAUGCCUGAACACACCCUGCCAUCCCUCAGCAUCUUGCGUCAAUCUGGCUGGUUCCUUCAAGUGCCUGUGUCCCGAAGGAACUGUCGGCGAUCCUGUGACAACCGGAUGUCUACCUCCUCAUGAGUGCACCUCUGAUGGAAACUGCCCUGCAAAUCUAGCAUGCUUGACAGACAAACUGGGCGUCCUGAAGUGCAUUGACCCUUGCGCCAGAACUGGAUGCGGACCGAAUGCCGACUGUGUUGUGCAGAAUCAUCAAGCCUUUUGUCAAUGCAGAGACGGGUUUCUGGGAAGCCCAGCAGAUGUCAGCAUCGGAUGCUACAAGGUCGAGUGUGUAUACAACGAGGACUGUCCUGCUGAUAAGUUGUGCGACAGGUUGAACAACAGGUGCAUUGAUGCCUGUAGUCUGGUAGAUUGUGGCAGAGGUAGCUGCAAAGCAGUCAAUCAUGCGCCCACGUGCAUUUGCCAGCAAGGUUACAUCCCGCAAGGAGAACAGUGUGUAGAUGUGAACGAAUGCGUACAGAACCCAUGUCACCGAUCUGCAACGUGCCGGAAUGUCCCCGGGAGCCACCAAUGUGUCUGUCCCGAGGGAAUGGUUGGAGAUCCGUACCUUCAAGGGUGCUCUAGGCCUGGAGAAUGCAGAGGAGACUUGGAGUGUCCUGAUUCAGCCAUAUGCGUCAACAGCAGAUGUCAGAGCCCUUGUGUUGAGAAUGCUUGCGGCCGUGGUGCUGAAUGCACAGCACUAAACAAGCAGGCUGUUUGCGCUUGUCCGUUCCAUACAACCGGAGAUCCGAGGAUAGAAUGCGUCAAGCUUGAGUGUGUUGAAGAUUCUGCGUGUCCUCCAAGAGAAGCUUGCAUAAACAACAAGUGCACAAAUCCAUGCAGCAUCCCGGGAGUCUGCGGUGCUAACACUAUCUGUGACCCUGCUGAACACUCGGCAACUUGUGCCUGUCAAGCAGGUUUCACGGGAGACUUCAGGCUCGGGUGCACCAAGAUUUUGAGUUGCAAUGGAGAUGAGCAAUGUCCUGGUGGACAAAUAUGCAGCAAAGGGCUUUGCGCUGAGCGUUGCGCAUCCCACCGUGAAUGUCUACCCGAUCAGAUUUGCCUGGAUGGAGCAUGUCAGCCAAGAUGUCAAUCGGACAAGAAUUGUCCCGAGUACCAUUCCUGCCAAAAUGGGAUCUGCGUUCUGGAGAGCAGGUGUAGGAUUGAUGAUGAAUGCUCCGGUGAUGAAUCGUGCAGACCGAACACCUAUGGACAAGCGGAAUGCAAGAAUGUCUGCGACGGACUGGUGCUGUGUGGUCGCAAUGCUGAGUGUGUUCCUUACGAACAUCAACCUACGUGCAGGUGUAAAGCUGGAUUUUUCGGCAACCCGCAAGAUGAGAAAGUUGGUUGUGUGCGUAAAGAAUGUGAGAAAGACGCCGACUGCAGACUCUCCAGCCACACGUGUCACGAAUUCCAGUGCAAGGCUGCUUGCAGGGUUUCCAAUCCCUGUGGAGAGAAUGCAUUGUGUUCUUCGGAAGACCAUACUGCUAAGUGCAGGUGCAGGGAAGGAUAUUCCGGCGAUCCCAUCAGAUCUUGCUCCCCGAUUGACUACUGCAAAUCCAAACCUUGUGGACCAGGUGCUUCUUGUGAGAACGACAGGAGGGGCUCUUAUGUCUGCCAAUGCCCCGAGGGAACCGUGGGAGACGCUUAUACAGAUGGUUGCGUGCAGCCAGUAGAAUGUGAGGCGGACAAUGACUGUCCUAUGACAGCCAGAUGCACAACAGUCCGCAGUGAGCCGAAAUGCACAGAUGUUUGCCAGGAGUUGACGUGUGGCCCGAAUGCGAAGUGCAAGUCCAUCAACCACCAAGGAGUCUGUGAAUGCAUCGAAGGAUAUGCUGGUGACCCCAGUGAUGUCCUGAGGGGUUGCAUUCCUCAGGAAGUUCCAUGUCGCCUCAACACGGACUGUCCGGUCGGAACCAUUUGCGAUGGUGGCUUCUGUAGGGCUGCUUGUCAAGCUGAUCAGGAGUGUGGACCAACGGAAGCCUGUGUGAGAGGCCAGUGCACAGAUCUGUGCGACGCUGACACUGCUUGUGGCAUCAACGGCAAAUGCAAAAUGGAAAACCAUGAGAAGCAAUGUGAAUGUGCUGAUGGAUUCACUGGAAACCCGGUGUUUGAAUGCAUUAGGAUGCCUGUGGCCUGCCAGGAUGACUCCAAUUGCCCUAGAGGUUUUGUGUGUCAGGAACAGGUGUGCAUGCCAAGAUGCAGAGCGGACACAGAUUGCGCAGGGAAUGAAAAGUGCUUUGGAGGGAACUGUGUGCUGACUUGCCGGGGCAAUGAUGACUGUUUCUUGGGUCAUGUCUGCCUGAAUCGGGUCUGUCUCAUCGGUUGCCUUGAGAAUGAAGAUUGUUCAUCUGGUGAAGCCUGCCUGCAGAACAGAUGUCGAAACCCAUGUGAUGCUGGAGCUGCCUGCGGACCGAAUGCGCUGUGUUCCGUGGAAGACCACCGGGCUCAGUGUUCUUGUCCUGCGGGUUUCAUUCCUAAUCCGUCUGCCAAUGUGGCCUGUGUUAGGGAACCAACGAGAUGCAGCAUCAACAACCAAUGUCCCCAGGGAUCAGUGUGUGAAGCAUCCGUUUGCCGACCAAUCUGUUCAUCAAGCGAAAACUGCCUCCCGAGUGAGAAAUGUGACAGCGGGGUCUGCAAGCCGAUCUGCAGAAGAGACAACGACUGCAGAAACGGGGAAAUUUGUGAAGACUUCAUUUGUGCAGUUGGGUGCAACGCUGAUGCUGAAUGUGCGGAUGCUGAAGCUUGCGUGAACAACAAGUGUCUGAAUCCAUGUGACUCUUUGACUGCAUGUGGAACGAAUGCGCUGUGCAAGGUGGUGAAUCACCAAGUCCAGUGUAGAUGUCCCCCAGGAAUGAUUGGUGACCCAGGCUUCAGCUGCAGACUGCCACCGAAAUCCUGCUCAGAGAAUGAGGAAUGCCCCAAUGCACAAACCUGUUUCCAGGGGAUAUGCAGACCAACUUGCUCGAAUGAUGUCAACUGCUUGGAUAAUGAGCGAUGUGUUGGAGGCGUGUGCAAAUCCAUUUGCAACUCUGACGAGGAAUGCAGUGACGGAGAGAUUUGCAGUGGAAGAUUGUGCAUCAUUGGCUGCAGGUCUGAUUCAAGCUGUCCCGCUGACCAAGCCUGCAUCAACAAACAGUGCAGAAACCCUUGCGAAGGAGCUGCAUCUUGCGGCGAAUGUGCGUUGUGCAAAGUCGUCAAUCACGCACCUCAGUGCUCGUGUCCAGUGAACACCGUUGGGAAUCCCUCUGUGGGCUGCAGGAGGCAGUUCAAGCUCUGUAAGGACAACAGGGGCUGUGGCAGAGGUGGAAUCUGUGCUGAUGGCGUUUGCGCUUAUCCCUGCUCGAAUAAUGACGACAAAAGUGGCUGUUCAUGUGGAGAAAUCUGCUCUGGCGGGUACUGCAAACACCAGUGCUCUGGAGACAACGCCUGUCCUGCUAAUGUUGAUGCUUAUUAUGUCUUGGAAUUCCAGGGCCACUUGUGUAUUGACGGACUGUGCAGCUCCGGCUGCAGAUCCAAUGCUGACUGCAACAAUGACAAGGCAUGCGUUGAAGGGAAGUGUCAAAACCCGUGUGAUUUCAAGCCCUGUGGGGAGAAUGCCGAGUGCCUGUCUUCAGAUCACAAAUCAGUGUGCUUGUGCCCCAGUGGAUACGUUGGUGAUGCUUUCGCGGCGUGUCGCAAAGCAGAGUGCUCCGUGGAUUCCGAUUGUGCUGGUUCACAGGCUUGUUCUGACAGAUCCUGCGUGAAUCCGUGUCUCAGAAGUGAUGCUUGCGGUGUUAAUGCCCAGUGCAGAGUGGAGAACAAGCAGGCCUUGUGCUUGUGUCCUCCAGGAUUCGUUGGCAAUCCAGCCGUAGAAUGCCGUCAAGAUAUCAACGAAUGUCUAGGGAAUCCAUGUGGAUCGAAUACCAUUUGCACGGACCGCCCGGUAGGUUUUAACUGUGAAUGCGAAGAAGGAUGUGCCGGAGAUCCGUACAAGGGCUGCAUCUGCAGGGAGUCCUACACAGACCCCUGCCUGAACGUCAACUGUGGAACUAGAGCUUCUUGCAGGGUGGAAGGCGACAGAGGUGUCUGCUUCUGUCCGCUAUCUUUCCCUACUGGAGACCCUUACAUUUCCUGUCAGCCAGAGAGGCUGGAUGCAGACUGCAGAACAACAGGGUGCGGAGAGAAAGCAGACUGUGUCCUCGGUCAAGGGACAGAUUAUGUGUGUAAGUGCCAAGAAGGAACGACUGGAAAUCCGCUGGUGAAAUGCGAUGGACCUGUUGGGAAAUGCAGGACGGACAAGGACUGUCCGGUGGACGAGACCUGCACGGACGGCCAUUGCUCCGACCCGUGUCUGGUGCGCGGGGCCUGCGGGCGCAACGCCCUGUGCUCCACAGUGCUGCACAAGCCUCGCUGCUCCUGCCCGCACUGCUUCCGCGGCAGAGCAACCGAAGAGUGCGUCCCCGAUCCCGUGUGUCGCCCGCCACCGCCGCCGUGCGCCACGCAUUCCUGUCCGGGCAACCGGAUUUGCGAGGUGCGCGGAACCGAGCCUGUGUGCGUGUGUCGUCACGGGUUCGUCCUGAGUGCGGCCGGGGACUUCGAGUGCGCCCCGGACGCCGGCGAGUGUCGCAGCGACGCGGAAUGCCCGGCGCAACUCGCGUGUGUUCGCGGUCGUUGCGAAGACCCGUGUCGCGUCAAUAGCCCGUGUCCCGCUGGCCGCAUUUGCGACGUCGUCGACCAUCGCGCCGUCUGCGUGUGCACGCGGGAUUGUUCCGCCGAGGCCUUCAUUUGCCUGCGCGACGACGGGUGUCCUCCGGACCGGGCCUGUCGCGGGUACCAGUGCCAGGACCCGUGUGUGGACGCCGCGUGUCCCAGCGAGGCGCCGUGCGUCGUGGAAGACCACAGGCCGGUCUGCAAGUUCUGUCCGCCUGGAUUCGUCGUCGACGCCCGUCAGGGCUGCGUCAAAGGCGAAGAGCCCGUGGAAAGCGUCUGCUCACAAGACCAAGACUGUUUGCCUGAUAUGCUGUGUAGUAGCAAGAAGUGUGUCCCAGCGUGUCGGGCGGACUCCUGCAAGGGCCCAUACUCCUGCCAAGCUGUGGAUCAUUCGCCAAACUGUAUUUGUCUCAAUGGAGAUUGUUCCGAGUCGAGUACACCUGGAGGAGAACCUGUGUUUCACACUGGAGAUGACGGAUUGAACACUGGAACCCCCGAACGAACUACAGGGACCAUUGUGAUACCGGGACCAAGUAGUCCAAGGCCUGGUGCGGUGGUUGGAAUUACCGGAUCCACUGUCAAUCCGAAUGUGAUAAUAAGCUCAGUCCCUACUCCAGACGUCAGCGUAGUUCCAACAACCAUGGAGGCACCAAGAACCAAGCAGCCAAUUGGUUCCACUGUUAAAAUUGAGACUGGUUCACCAGGAAUCGUUAGAUUUAGGACAACCGUUUCCACACCGAGUCUAAGACCAAGUGAACCUUCCGUUUUUGAGGGAGAUGGGCCAACUCGUGCUACACCUGCGACCGGCUCCACGCGGAGACCAAGGCCAAGUUUGCCUUCAGUUUUUGAAGUUGUUGGGUCAACUGGUACAACACCUGCUACUGAUUCCACACAGAGACCAAGGCCAAGUUCUCCUUCAAUUAUUGAAGUAGAAAGUCCAACUCGCCCAAAACCUGUGACCGGUUCCACGCAGAGACCAAAGCCAAGUUCUCCUUCAGUUAUUGAAGUAGAAAGUCCAACUCGCCCAAAACCUGUGACCGGUUCCACGCAGAGACCAAAGCCAAGUUCUCCUUCAGUUAUUGAAGUAGAAAGUCCAACUCACCCAAAACCUGUGAGCGGUUCCACGCAGAGACCCAGGCCAAGUGUACCUUCAGUUUUUGAAGAAGAAGGUCCAACUCUUACAACACCUGCGAGUAGGCCUACGUUUCCAAGUAGGACUCCACGUCCCGAGUUGAAGCCUGGAGACAGGACUACCACCCGAACUCAAGUGGUUUCUGAGAGACCAGUUGUUGGAGAAAUACCCAGACUCGACGUGAAUGGAAAAACUACUCCCAAGCCUAUUGGAACCAAGAGACCUGUGUUUAUCCCAUCUAAACCAAGAAGCACCGUUGCUCCCAUAACCACUGAUGCACCCAUAACCACUGCGACAAACUUCACACCAUCUCCAAAGACUGCGCUGGAUUGUGGGGCUAAUGAAGACUGCCCAACAACAGAGGCUUGCAUGAGUGGCAAAUGUGUCAAUCCAUGUCUAGAAGCCAAUCAUUGCGCAUCGAAUGCGUUUUGCUAUGUAGACACCCACAGGCCCACCUGUGUCUGUCCCCCUAAUGAAGUUGGUAACCCUGAGACCAAGUGUCAAUCAGUGGUGGGAUGCAGAACCAACGCCGACUGCUCUCCUGCUCUGGCAUGCAUCGAUGGACAAUGUGAGAGCCCUUGUUCCCUGAACAACCCUUGCGUGAAUGGACAGAUCUGUGAGGUCAAAGGACAUGAGGCUGUUUGUGUUUCUGUUUGUGCCUGUCAGAAGGACGCGGAUUGUGGAUCAAGGGCUACGUGUGAUGGAUGUCAUUGUACACCUGUAGUUGAAACUGAACCAUCUGUCAGAGAAUGUGAUGAUCAGUUGUGUCCUUUUGGUGAGACCUGUGUGGCCGGCGAAUGUGUCCCCGUCACUACUCCAAGCGUGAAUGACGCUUCAGGGGAAAAGUCAGGAGGGACAAAUAAGGGGGACGCAAAGGGCACCACUGAGUUACCAACUACAUUCCUGCCCUACGGCCCUUGUGAAACUGAUUCUCAGUGCCCUCAUGCACUGGCCUGUGAUGGGCACCUUUGCAUUGAUCCUUGUGCAAAGCAGCCUUGUGGAAGGUCUGCUGAUUGUGUUACCGUAUUGAGGAGGCCCAUGUGCCACUGUGCCAAAGGGUUCACUGGUAACCCUGCGCAGGAAUGUGUCCCAGCCUUGUGCUUGAAGGACGUAGACUGUGGGGCCAGUGAGGCUUGCUCGGGCGGGUCGUGUGUUGACCCUUGCCUGCUGGCCCCAUGUGGACGUGACGCGAUUUGCCGGGUGAUUCAGCAUUCAUCCCACUGCUUCUGUCCCGAGGGCUUUGUGGGCAACCCUCUGCAAGUCUGCCACCUUGCUGAAAAUUGCUCAUCAAGCGAAGUCUGUGAGCUGGAUCAGAUCUGCUUGGACAGAUAUUGUCAGAACCCGUGUCAGCAGCCCACAAACCCGUGCCAAGUCCCUGGCACCCGAUGCGUGGUCCAAGACCACAAAAUGGGUUGCGUGUGUCCGCCAGACCACGAAAUGGAUUCUUCCAACCAGGCCUGUGUGAGAGUCAAAUGCAUCCUUCAAGAGGAUUGUGGGCCAGGUCGGGUUUGUGUCUCUGGGGUCUGCAAGGGUGGGUGUGCCAGCUGUGGGCCAGGUGCAGUGUGUGAUGUCCUGCAAGGAUCCUGCUUUUGUCCUGAGGGCUUUGUAGGAGAUCCCUAUCUGCUCUGUAACAAAAUUGGUUGCAAGUUGGAUGAAGAAUGUUCACCUACUAAGUCAUGCAUAAGCAACAUCUGCCUGGACCCCUGUGUCCGUGGGAUCACGUGUGGGAUCAAUGCCCGGUGUCAAGUCCUGCGGCACAGGCCUAUUUGCAUCUGUCCUGAUGGAUUUCAAGGGAACCCCAAGAGGCUCUGCGAAGUGUCCACUGGGAAACCGGCCUGUCAGUACAAUGAGGACUGUCCGCUGGAUGAGCUGUGUGACCGGUUGAACCGAGUUUGUAGGAACCCUUGCGAUGCUUCGAGUUGUGGCACAAACGCGGGAUGCGUGGUUGUCAACCAUGAGCCCAGAUGCAAGUGUCCUCCGGGGCAUGUUGGAAAUCCCUACAUUGAAUGCACCAUCAAGCCAUUCAAUCCUUGCGAACCGAAUCCGUGUGGAGAAGAUGCCCUGUGCCAAGUGGAGAACGGCGCUGCUAUCUGCCUGUGUCCCAAAGGAACCACUGGGAAUCCUUACCACAAAUGCUUGCCUGAAGGAGACAUCUGUUCACCGAACCCUUGUGGUGCCAAUUCCGGGUGCAGAGUGAUUGCUGGACAAGUGACCUGUUUCUGCUUACCGGAGUUCGAAGGACAGCCUCCCAAUGUGCCUUGCAGGAGACCUCAAAAUCCAUGUCAGCCGAAUCCUUGUGGACCGAACACCAUGUGCGAUGUGGUGAAUGGCUACUACAGAUGCGUGUGCAGGUCUGGGUUCAUUGAAGAUCCAAAUACUGUUGAGGGCUGCAGACGUCCAGACCCAUGUAGCCCGAACCCCUGUGGGCCAGGUGCUCAAUGUGAUUCAUACAGACAACCCGUGUGCUUCUGCCCUCCCGGCACUGUUGGUGAACCGUAUUCUGGGUGUACUUCGCCAGUAACUGAUGAAUGCAGUGCAGCCUGUGGGCCAAAUUCCAACUGCGUCAACGGCAAGUGCUAUUGUGCCCCAGGAUUCGAAGGUAACCCUGUCACAGGAUGCACGAGGCCAGUUGAUCGAAACCCAUGCCGCUCGAACCCGUGUGGUCCGAACUCGAAUUGUCGAGUAGAUUCUCAAGGACUACCAAUUUGUGACUGUGCACCAGGAUUUUAUCCGAAACCUGAUCCCAGUCAAGGGUGUGGACCAGAGUGCUACCGAGAUUCUGAGUGCUCCGAGUUGCUUUCUUGCAUUGGACAGGUGUGCAGGGAUCCUUGUGGUGCCUGUGCCCUCAAUGCAAGGUGUCAAGUAAAGAACCAUCAGCCCAUUUGCUCUUGUCCGGAAGGGAUGACUGGGGACCCGUACAAGUCCUGUUUCGCUCAACCGGUCAUUGAAAAACUGCCGGAGGAUCCGUGCAACCCUAGUCCCUGUGGUAUCAACACAGAGUGCACCAUUGCAGAAGGCAGACCGGUUUGCACAUGUAUCCCAUAUUAUGGCGGAGAUCCAGAGGUUGGGUGUCGGCCAGAAUGUGUGGUCAAUUCAGAAUGCCCGUUGGACAAAGCCUGUAUCAACCAAAAGUGUAGGAAUCCCUGUCCAGGGUCAUGUGGGCUUAACGCUAUCUGCAGUGUGAAGGAACAUGACCCCGUGUGCACCUGUGCCAAUGGGUUCGCGGGUGACCCUUUCAGAAGGUGCUAUCCUCCACCAGUUACACCAGAAGUCAAGGAAGAAGAUCCGUGUAACCCAAAUCCAUGUGAUUCUAAUGCUGAGUGCAGGGUCAAGAAUGGAGAAGCCAUUUGCUCUUGCUUACCGGGCUACUUCGGGCAGCCAUGUAGGCCUGAGUGCAGCAUCAAUGCAGAUUGUGACAUGCACAAAGCGUGCGUGAAUCUCGAGUGUAAAGAUCCUUGUCCAGGCUCAUGUGGGUAUGGAGCAGAUUGCAGCGUAGUCAAUCACAUUCCGAUUUGCCAAUGCCCUCCUGGCUAUACGGGGGAUCCCUUCAGCCGAUGUGUCGUGGAACAAUCACCAGCAGUCUCGAGUCCUUGUGAACCUAAUCCCUGUGGGUCGGGAGCAUUGUGCUUAGUGGACUCCGGCCAAGCGAAGUGUGUCUGUCCUCCGAACUACGUUGGAAGCCCUUACCAUCACUGUAGACCAGAGUGCAUUGCAGACAGUGAGUGCUCCCCAGAACUCGCUUGCAUCAAUCAGAGAUGUGUAGACCCUUGCCCUGGGCUUUGUGGUGCAAAUGCGUUGUGUCAAACCGUGAGCCACAAUCCAACCUGUGAAUGCCUCCCCGGAUAUGUCGGAAACGCUUUUGAAGGCUGUCGACCAGCACCCAUUGGCGCUGAAAGACCAGGUCCGGACAACCAAGUGAACCCAUGCUACAAGCAACCCUGUGGACCAAAUGCCAAGUGUUACGCUCAGGGUGAUCGGGCAGCUUGUGCAUGUCUACCAGGUCUACAGGGCAAUCCGUGGUAUGGCUGCAGCCAUGAGUGUCUCAUGAGCAGUGACUGCCCUCUGGACAAGGCCUGCGUAGGACAGAAAUGCGUGGACCCGUGCCCUGGCACUUGUGGAAUACUGGCCGUGUGUGAGGUUUACAACCACAAGCCCAACUGCAGGUGCCCUCCAGGUUACACUGGAGACCCCUUCUAUCAAUGUCGGGUCAUUCCACGAAAUCCCACGACAGAAGGCCCAUUAGUUCCGGUGGGUAUUAUUGCAGUGCCACCGAAAAGACCAGAAGUGUUUCCGAAUGAACCACAACUACCAGAAGUGCCAGUAUUGUUGAAACCCACUGCUGAGCAUCCGGAGAAAUUGCCGCCACUUUCGGAGAUCAAGCCUGGAUUGGCUGUGCCUGUUGUUCCAGUUGAAGUGGCGCCUUCUGUGCCAAAUACAGCAGAAAAUGAGAUUAUACCAGUGGUUCAGACAUUCACCCUCGAACCAGUUGAAGUUCAGGCUGCAACUGCAGGACCGCCACUGCCACCUAUAAAAGAAGAAAGCCCUCCGAUCCUUCAGCAGCCAGUGGUUGUUGUUGUUGAGGCUCCUGGCGGCAGCUUGACCCCGACUCCGUCCCCAGCGUUUGAGCCUGAAGCUGUUGAGGAUGACAUUUGUUCUGGAGUGGACUGUGGCCCUGGGGCAGUGUGCGUCUCAACAGAGGGAUAUGCCGCUUGCAUUUGCAAACCAGGAUUCAUUGGUAACCCUAUCACAGGCUGCACCGAGAGCUGCUUGCUGGAUGCAGACUGCUUACUUAAUGAGGCCUGCAGGAAUGGGGACUGUAUAGAUCCUUGCAAGAACUUCUGCGGAGUCAAUGCAGAUUGCCUAGUGAGAAACCACAAGCCAUUCUGUCAAUGCAAGCCAGGCUACACUGGGGAUCCUUUCUCGGUAUGCGCUUCCAUUUCUGGGCAGCCUGACUCGACUCCUGGUACCACAGGUUGUGACCCGCCAUGUGGAGCCAACGCAGAGUGUGUAAAUGGGGCUUGUCAGUGUAUCCCUGGAUAUGUUGGGAACCCUUAUCGAAUCUGUCAGCCAGAGUGCUUGAGGGACGAAGACUGUGGACUGGCGGAAGCAUGUGUGAACCAAAAAUGCCGGGAUCCCUGCUUGGGAUCUUGUGCAUUUAAUGCACAGUGCACUGUGGUGAACCAUAAACCUCUGUGUAGCUGUCUUCCUGGAUUGACAGGGGAUGCUUACAGUGGAGGAUGUUCACCGGUUGCCACUGAACCUGUUGGUCCACCAGGAGUAGUGACGGAGAGUCCAUCGGUGCCAAUUGGUCCGCCGGUAACUGGAGCUCCUCCAGUUACCGAUUCUCCUGUUAGGCCACCUGGCAUUGUUGAACCUCCUGCCAUCAGGCCUCCUUCUAUCACGGAACCUCCAUUCAUCAGGCCACCUGUCAUCACAGAGCGUCCGAUCGUUAGGCCUCCUGCCAUCACGGAUUCUCCAAUUAUUAGGCCGCCUUCCAUCACGGACAUCCCAGUCGUCAGGCCGCCUUCCAUCACUGAAGCGCCUAUCGUUAGACCUCCUGUCAUCACUGAGCAGCCGUUUAUCCCUCCGGUAAUUCCUGGUCAGCCAGGUACGAGACCCCCAGUAGUCAGACCACCGAUCGUCACGGAAGAACCAGAAGGAUCUGUUGGACAACCACCACUACCUACCAGACCACCACCGAUUAAUCCUUGUGCUGUAUCACCUUGUGGACUGAAUGCGGAUUGCAUCCCUUCUGGAAGUCGCCCAGUGUGCAUAUGUGCCCAGGGAUUUUCGGGGAACCCGAUUGUUGGCUGUAGACCAGAAUGCGUAUCCAACUCAGAGUGCCCUUUGUCUUCGGCGUGUAUCGGGAACAAGUGUAAAGACCCUUGUCCCAACACGUGUGGAGUGAAUGCAGCGUGUCAAGUGGGCAAUCACAAUCCUAUAUGCUCCUGUUUGCAAGGUUUCACUGGGAACCCAUUCCUGCAAUGUGUGGAACAGCAGACCCCGACAGCUACCGGUGAUGCCUGUGUGCCGAGUCCUUGUGGACCAAACACCGAGUGUAGGGUCAGUUCUGGAAGACCGAUCUGUUCGUGUUUGAGAGACUAUUUCGGCAACCCGUUGAGUGGGUGCAGGCCAGAGUGUGUACUGAACUCGGAUUGCUCGAGAAACUUGGCUUGUGUGAGGAACAAGUGUGUUGAUCCUUGUGCUGGGUCUUGUGGAACCAAUGCUCGAUGUGAGGUCAACAACCAUAAUGCCGUCUGCUACUGUCCCUCCCACCUGACUGGGGACCCUUUUGUGCAAUGCAUCCCGUUUCCGAGUGGACCGAGCGGCACCACGGAGGUUGGAACGGUAACCACCAGGCCACCAUUUGUAGACUACUGCAACCCGAGUCCUUGCGGCAGUAACACCGAGUGCAGGAUUGGUGGUAGGAGGCCAAUCUGCAGGUGCAUUCCAGGCUACUUCGGGAACCCUCUCAUAAGUUGUCGGCCGGAGUGUGUGAUUGACUCCGACUGUGCUCGACACCUGUCAUGCGUUAGAAACCGAUGCAUAGAUCCUUGUUCUGGUGUUUGUGGGGUGAAUGCCUACUGUCAGACGGUGGCCCAUGCUCCUGUCUGUUAUUGCACACCUGGUUACACUGGUGAUGCGUACAGGAGAUGCAACAGAGUCACCGAAGCUGUUGAAGAAGAGACUGUUCCAGGUGUCCCAAGUGUCCCAGGUAUCCCAGCUGUGGGAACUUGCAGUCCGUCCCCUUGUGGUCCGAACACCAACUGCAUGAUAGUGUUUAACAGGCCAGUUUGUUCAUGCUUGCAUCAACAUUCUGGGAACCCGUACACGGGAUGCAAGCCUGAGUGUUCUCAGAAUUCUGAUUGCAGGCCGUUCGAGGCUUGCGUCAGCAAUUCUUGCGUGAACCCUUGUCCUGCUGGCUGCGGCUCAGGGUCCGAUUGCUCUGUACAGAACCACAAUGUUAUCUGUGUUUGUCCUACAGGAUUUCAAGGGGACCCUUACUUCCAGUGCAGGCCUCUGGUGGAGUCUGAACCAACAAGACCACCUGCGCCAGUAGACCCAUGCUAUCCAUCACCUUGUGGAGCCAAUGCAAACUGUAGGGUGCAAGAAAACAGAGCAGUGUGCACUUGCUUCCCUGAAUACCUGGGCAACCCUUACACUGGGUGCAGGCCUGAAUGCGUGAUUGACCCAGAUUGUGCCAGAGACAGGACGUGCAUCAGCAAUAAAUGCCUGGACCCUUGUCCAGGUAGUUGCGGAGUGAACGCCUUAUGUGAAGUAUCCGACCAUCGACCCAGGUGCUACUGCGCGGAAGGAUAUGGUGGAAAUCCCUAUGUGCGCUGUGAUUACGUUCGCCCAGAGGUGCAGCCAGUGGAGACAGACCCUUGCAAUGACCCUAACCCGUGUGGUCCCAACACUGUUUGCGAUGUGGUUCAAGGGAGACCAGUGUGCACAUGCUUGCCGCUGUAUUUUGGAGACCCAGAAAGGGGUUGUCACCCUGAGUGCCUGGUAAACUCGGAAUGCCCGAGGGACAAGGCUUGUAUCAAUGCCAAAUGCGUGAACCCGUGUCAGCCGCAGCCUUGUGGUGUCAAUGCUAAUUGUGAAGUGGUGAACCAGGCUCCUGUCUGCAGUUGUCCUCCCAACUACUUCGGGAGUCCCUAUGUGCGAUGUGAGCCCGUUCCUGUACAACCAGAAGUUAUCAGGGACCCUUGCAAUCCAUCACCAUGUGGUUCUGACACGACAUGCCGAGUUGUCGAUGGUAGACCGGUUUGCACAUGCCUGCCGGGCUACUUCGGAAACCCUGACACUGGAUGCCGACCGGAAUGCCUCAGUGCCUCUGAAUGCCCGCAGGACAAAACUUGUGUUAGGAACAAGUGUGUGGAUCCUUGUCCCGGCACCUGCGGACCCCAGGCACUUUGUGAUGUCAUCGCGCACAACCCCAUCUGUAAUUGUGCACCUGGAUAUACUGGAGACCCGUAUUACGGCUGCUCUAGAAUUCCACCGAAACCGGAGCUCCCACCGAACCCAUGCUACCCGAAUCCAUGUGGACCAAACACCGACUGCCAGGUCCAUAACAACCGGCCCGUGUGCAACUGCUUGCCUGGCUACUUCAAGAACCCCGCUGGGGGCUGCAAGCCAGAAUGUGUCCAGGAUAAUGAGUGUGCUACUUACUUUGCCUGCCAGAAUCAGAAAUGUGUGGACCCUUGCUUGAACUACUGCGGGAUAGAUGCCAUCUGUGACGUGAGAAAUCACAGACCAGUUUGCGCUUGUCCGCGAGGAUACACUGGUGAUCCAAGGAUCCGUUGUGAUGCCCUAACUAUCCAAGUGGAGAAUGAACCAGCAGACCCGUGCAACCCAUCACCAUGUGGUCCGAAUACUCAAUGCAAAGUGGACGGGAAUCGCGCGAUUUGCGCAUGUUUGCCGGGUUUCUUCGGCGACAAUCCAAUCGCGGGUUGCAGGAGGGAAUGUGAAUACAGCAGGGAUUGUGCACUUCAACUGUCCUGCAUCAAUUAUAGGUGCCAGGACCCAUGCCCGGGGCUCUGUGCGGUCAAUGCUCAGUGCAAUGUUAUCAAUCAUGAUCCGCGCUGCUAUUGCCCGCCUGGUUUCACUGGGGAUGGAUUCUCCAGAUGCGAUCCAAUUACUGAGGAACCAGUUAGGGUGGAUCCUUGUCAAACGAACCCUUGUGGAAGAAAUGCAUACUGUGUAUCCCAGGGAUACGACAGUUUCAAGUGCGUCUGUGACACCGGAUAUUCUGGCAAUCCUGAGUUGGGCUGCUUCAGGGAAUGUGAAGCCAACAAUGACUGUCCUGACUUCCUGGCGUGUGUGAACUACAAGUGCACGGAUCCUUGCUUGAACACCUGUGGGCUGAACGCUUUGUGUGAGACCAGAAACCAUUAUCCGAAGUGUAUUUGCCCUGCUGGAUUCUCUGGCAAUCCUCUGCAAAGCUGUGAAAAAUAUCAAGAGCCAGAAAGAGAGAGUGUGGAAUGCACCAGAGAUUCAGAAUGCCCAUCAACUGAUGCUUGUGUGAACAACGAGUGCGUCGAGGCAUGCAGGGCUUAUCAACAAGUUUGCGCAUCCAACGCUCUGUGCAACUCUGUCCAGCACAGGCCUGUGUGCAGUUGUCCUGAAGGUUUCGUUGGGAACCCACAAUCUGAAUGCAGAGAGCUUGGAUGCAAAGCUCACUCUGAAUGCCUCAUCACUGAAGCGUGCGUGGAAAAGGAAUGCAAAGACCCUUGCUUGUACCAGCAAUGUGGACCGCAGGCCUUGUGUAGGGCACAAAAUCACAGAGCAGUCUGCUACUGUCCACCCGACUUCAGAGGAAACCCAGUCACAGGUUGCACCAGGCCAGAGUGUGUUUCCAGCUAUGACUGUCCACUUACUUUGACUUGCGAAAAUGAGCGAUGUGUGGACCCGUGCAAGUGCCCACCUGGAGCUGCCUGUCAUGUUCAGAAUCAUCUCGGAGUCUGCUACUGUCCUCCAGGUUACACUGGCAAUCCCAAUGUUGGAUGCAUCCCUGCUGAAACACUUGUCUUAUCUAUCCAAACUCUGUUGAUAAUAUAUGCCGAAAAUAUUGGUGAUCUGAAAAUUCCAGAACCGGUGACAGAAGCCGCUGAAGUUGGUUGCGCGCAGGACUCGGAUUGUUACAGCAAACUGGCGUGCAUCAAUGGGGAUUGUGUGAAUCCCUGCGAUGUACUGCGACCAUGUGGCCUAAAUGCAGUUUGUAAAGUGGUCGACACCCUUCCGUCAAGAACGAUGACUUGUGAAUGUCUUCCUGGGUUCGUCGGGAACCCAGAACGUUCUUGCCAGCGACCAGCUGUGGAAGAACCCGUCGGAUGCCAGAGUGAUGCUGACUGCAGAUUGAAUGAAGCUUGCAGGAACACGGAAUGCGUCAAUCCGUGCAUAGUUGCCAAUCCGUGUGCAGACUCAGCGCGCUGUGCUGUGAUCGCUCACAAAGCUGAAUGCUCUUGUCCGGAUGGCUACACUGGGGAUCCCUACAGGAACUGCUACACAAUUCCAGUUACUAGGGCACCAGAAUGCAGAUAUGACUCGGAUUGCCCUGAUGACAAAUCUUGCCUCGGAGAGAAGUGUGAGAACCCCUGCAAUGGCAAUGUUUGUGGCCGGGGUGCUGUGUGCAGGGUCCAGUCGCACAGACCGAUCUGCACCUGCCCCCCGGGGUGGGGAGGAAAUCCCAACAUUGAGUGCUUCAAACCUGAAUGUGUGGACGACAAUGAGUGCCCAGAUUCCCUGGCAUGUCUGAAUGGCCAGUGCCUGAACCCAUGCAGUAUAGAUAUGGUCAAAUCCGUUGCGGUGCAAAUGCGGAAUGCCGGGUUUCACAACAUCGCCCGCGCUGCUUCUGCCCACCUGGAACCCAAGGCGACCCAUCAGUGUCCUGUGUGGCGGUGGGUUGCCAGUUCAAUGAGGACUGCAAUUUCGACGAAGCCUGCGACCGACAGAAUCAGAGCUCAACCCCCAAAGCCAGAACAGCAACCAGAGUGUGUGACUGAUGCUGAUUGCCCGAGUCAAAUGGGAUGCAUCAAUGCUGUCUGCCAAAAUCCGUGUUAUGCCGCCAAUCCGUGCAACCCAGACCAGAACUGCGUGGUGAAGGACACCUUGCCUGUGAGGUCCAUCAGUUGCGAAUGCCCACCUGAUACAUACCUUACUAACGGUGGAAACUGUGAGGCGCCUGCUGUCGCAGAGCCGGAAUGCGUCAGGGACACAGAUUGCUCAUUGGAUAAGGUCUGCGUCAACAGGGAGUGCAAAAACCCGUGUAACAUCGGCAGGCCAUGUGGAAUCAAUGCUUAUUGCUUAGCUCAGAACCACGGGACGAUUUGUAGAUGUGAACCAGGCUACACCGGGGAACCUACGAGGAACUGCUACCAAAUCGUAACGACGUUGAGACCAGUAACUGAAGCACAGCCGGAAUGUGUCUCCGAUGAUCAAUGCACUUAUGACAAGGCCUGUGUGGCCAACACUUGCGUCAACCCUUGCAGGGACAACCCGUGUGCUACUUCUGCACUGUGUUUCCCUCAGAAUCAUGCAGCAGUGUGCAGAUGUCCGACAGGCUACGAAGGCAAUCCUACGCGUUAUUGUUCACCAACAUUUGUGCUGGGAGUUUAUUCCCAGCUGAUUGUUCGAAUGGAUUCUUUUUUUUUAAUCGGGCCUGGUCAAUGCUGCUUGCCGCAAAGUGUGGAAGUUGAGGUUAAUGCCCGUUUAAUUUGCCAUCAGUUCCUGAACCAGAGCGGCCAGACUCAGGCUGCCGGUCAGACUCAGACUGCGCCUUGUCUUUGGCCUGUAUCAACGCCAAGUGCCAAGACCCCUGUAAUUGCGGAUCAAACGCUGAAUGCAAUGUCAUCAGUCAUCGCCAAAUAUGCUCUUGCCUCCCCGGCUUUGAGGGCAACCCGCACACCGCAUGUUUUGAAUUGUGGAUACUUCGCCUUGGUGCUUUUGCUGUGCUCUCAUGCUGUACUUUUGCACCCUACCCUCCGUUUGUCCACGUUUUACCACCAUCAAAACCAACUAGCUGGUUGCCGGAAUGAUGCUGAUUGUCCGUCAACUCAAGCUUGCUUCAACCGACGUUGCGAGAACCCCUGCCUGAUUGGAAGUAAUUGCCAUGUGUCAGCCAUUUGUACUCCCGAAGCACACAAACCUGUGUGCUCGUGCCCACCCGGGUUCGAAGGGGAUCCGAGGAUCAGGUGUAUCCCCGAGGGUUGUGACUCAAACGCAGAAUGUCCACUGGACAAGGCUUGCCGAAGCAGGACCUGUGUGGACCCGUGCUUAUAUGAAUACUGCGGGAUCAAUGCCAUUUGCUCUGCCGCCAACCAUGCAGCAGUUUGCAGCUGCCCGCCUGGAUAUGAAGGGAAUCCGAGGAGAGGAUGUCAAGUUAUCCAGACGGGUUGCAAGGGAGAUGAUGAGUGUGGUACGAACUUGGCAUGCUUUGAUGGAGAUUGUCGGAACCCGUGUACCGAACUGCGCCCUUGUGGAAUCAACGCUGAAUGCCAGGUCAUCAACAACUCCCCUCUGAAAUCAAUUACCUGUGUAUGCCCUCCGGGAUACAAUGGCAACCCUCAUUACGAAUGCAAGCCGAUCCCUCAAGCAGUUGAGAGUGAACCAGGGUGUGUCAGCGACUAUGACUGCCCCGACACCCUCGCUUGCAUCAACAGAGAAUGCAGAGAUCCUUGCAACUGUGGUGCCAAUGCAGUUUGCACUGUGAGGAACCACAGACCGACUUGCACGUGCAAACCUGGGUUUGAAGGCAACCCGCAGAUUUCUUGCAGAGAAAGUGGUUGUAGAAAUGAUCCGGAGUGCCCCUUCGACCAAGCUUGCUACAACAGACAAUGUGUCAAUCCAUGUUACAUCCAGAACCCGUGUGCCAUCAAUGCGGAAUGCUAUCCCAAUGAUCACAGGGCAUUAUGUAGGUGUCCAUCGGGCCUGGAAGGGGAUGGGUUUUCGCCGUGUGAAACCCCAGGAUGCAAAUCAGAUGCCGAAUGCCCGUUGGACAAAACAUGUCUGAAUCGUCAAUGCGUUGAUCCGUGCGUGUACAGCAAUGACUGUGCUCCAAAUGCCCAGUGUUAUCCUCUGAAUCAUGCGGCGGAAUGCACUUGCCCUCCUGGUUAUGUCGGGAACCCGAGGGAAUACUGCACUCGUCCAGUCGAACCCGAGUGCCGAGUUGACCCUGAUUGCCCCGCGGGCUAUGCUUGCAUCAGAGAGCACUGUGAGGAUCCUUGCAGAGUCAUUAAUCCCUGUCAUCCCACAGCAGUCUGCAGAGUGGUCAACACCUCUCCUGUGCGAACCAUGACCUGUACAUGUCCACCUGGGACCCUUGGAGAUGGCUACUCAUCUUGUGUUGAGCCCGUUGAAGACGAGGGAUGCAGGUCUGAUGGAGACUGUGGGUCAGCUGAGGCUUGCAUAAACAGGGAGUGCAGGGACCCCUGCAAUUGCGGCAGGAACGCUGAUUGCACAGUUGUGAAUCACAGGCCUAUCUGCAGAUGCAAACCCGGUUACGAAGGAAAUCCACAAGUCGCCUGUGAGCUAGGUGGUUGCAAGUCAGAUGCGGACUGCGGGUAUACCGAGGCAUGCUACAAUAGGAACUGCAGGAAUCCUUGCUUGAUCAGUAAUCAGUGUGGUUUGCAAGCCGAGUGUUAUCCUGAGAAUCAUAAGGCAUCCUGCAGAUGUCUCCCGGGCUUAGAAGGCAAUCCUUACACCCGGUGUCAACUGCCAGGAUGCCAAGGAGACUCAGAAUGUCCAUUGGAUAAAGCAUGCAAACAGCGUUCUUGCGUUGAUCCCUGCGUGUACGACAACCCGUGUGCAUCAAAUGCCAUUUGCUUUGUGCUGGGACAUAGAGCAGAGUGCCGAUGUCCUCCUGGGUUCGAAGGGAAUGCUUUGGAGUUUUGUCAGCAACCUGCUGUUGUGGAAAAUGAGCCAGAGUGUAGGAAAGAUUUCGAUUGUCCCUCUGGCUUGGCAUGCUUGGACGAACGUUGUCAGAAUCCCUGUCGUAUCAUUAAUCCGUGCCAUCCGUCUGCCGAUUGUAAAGUUCUCAACACGUCUCCUGUAAAAACCAUGGCUUGUUCUUGCCCGUAUGGGACUGUGGGAGACGGCUACAAUGAAUGUGUUUCUCCAGUUGUUGAAGAGGGCUGCAGAAGUGACGUGGAAUGUGAAUCUUCACUGGCUUGCAUCAACAAACGCUGUCAGGAUCCCUGCAACUGCGGUCCAAAUGCUCUGUGCAAUGUCAUCAACCACAGACCGAUUUGCAGGUGCAAACCCGGGUUCGAGGGCAACCCGAACAUCGGUUGUGAAGAAGGUGGCUGCAAAUCAAAUGCCGAUUGUCCGUUGGACAAAGCCUGCUACAAUAGACAAUGCUUGAAUCCUUGUCUUGUUGAAAACCGCUGUGCAGCAAACGCAGAAUGCUAUCCAAGUAACCACAAAGCCCUGUGCAGGUGUCCACGAGGCUUUGAAGGAGAUGCUCUGCUGAAAUGUUUGCCGUUGGGAUGCGAUUCCGAUUCUGAAUGCGCACUGGAUAAAGCUUGCAGAUCUAGAAACUGUAUAGAUCCGUGCGUGACGGAACGGCCGUGUGCUUCAGAAGCCAUUUGCUAUGUUUUGGGGCAUGUGGCCAAUUGCCAGUGCCCGCCAGGAACCCAGGGUAACCCAAGAGAAUACUGCAGGAGACCAGCCCCGGAAGUCCAGCCAGAGUGUUUACAGGACGCUGAUUGUGGCAGAGGGCUUGGAUGCGUUGAUGAACGCUGCCAGGAUCUUUGUCAACUUUUGAAGCCCUGUCAUCCCAGUGCCACUUGUCAAGUCUUCGAAACCUCACCAAUAAAGACUACCACUUGCACUUGCGCCCCUGGGACUAUUGGAGAUGGUUACACUCAAUGCGUUGAGCCAGUGGUUGAAGAAGGGUGCAAGAGUGAUCUAGAAUGCUCUGUCCAACUGGCUUGCAUCAACAGGCAGUGUAGAGACCCUUGCAACUGUGGCAUCAAUGCUGAUUGUUCCGUGAUAAACCACCGCCCGGUUUGCAGAUGCAAGGACGGCUACGAAGGCAAUCCACAGAUCAGCUGUCAGCUUGCUGGAUGCAGGGGAGACCAUGAAUGCCCCCUGGACAAAACUUGUCGCGACAGACAAUGCGUUGACGCCUGCUACGUGAAAAACCCUUGUGCAAUCAAUGCUGAGUGCACCACGAAGAACCAUAAGGCCGAUUGUCGAUGUCCCCCGGGUCUUGAAGGAAACCCGUUCACCAAGUGCACAACAGUAGGAUGCAAGUCUGAUGAAGAAUGUCCAUUGGACAAGGCUUGCAUCAACCGCCAAUGCGUGGACCCUUGCGUUUAUGAGAACCCGUGUGCCCGUGAGGCAGUUUGCUUCACCUUGUCGCACGUUGCAACUUGUCGGUGCCCUGAUGGAUUGACUGGAGACCCGAGGGUGUUCUGUAGACCGCCUGAACCUGAGCUGCAGCCUGAGUGUGUGAAGGAUGGAGAUUGUGGUACUCGGCUAGCUUGCAUUGAGGAGAGAUGCCAAGACCCGUGUCGAGCGUUGAGUCCUUGUCAUCCCUCGGCAAUCUGCAGGGUGGUUGACUCCCUGCCCAUCAAAUCCAUGGUUUGUGAGUGCCCUCAGGGAACCAUUGGGGAUGGCUACACUCAGUGUGUGAAAGUAGAGGUAGAAGAAGGCUGCAAGAGUGACACUGAAUGCCCUGAACAGCUGGCGUGUAUCAACCGAGACUGCAGAGAUCCUUGCAAUUGUGGACAGAAUGCAGACUGUAGCGUUACCAGUCAUAGGCCCGUAUGCAGGUGCAGAGCUGGGUUUGAAGGGAAUCCGAACAUCAGAUGUGACCCAGCUGGAUGCAAAUCACACGCGGAGUGUCCCUUGGACAAGGCCUGCCACCAGAAGCAAUGUGUGAAUCCGUGCUUCUUGAAAAACCGUUGUGCCACCAAUGCUGAGUGCUAUCCAGCAAACCACAAGGCCGAAUGCAGAUGUCUACCAGGUUUGGAGGGAAAUCCUUUCACGAAAUGUGAACCAGUUGGAUGCAAAUCGGAUUCUGAGUGCUCAUUGGACACUGCCUGCGUCUCACGUCAAUGCGUGAACCCAUGCGCGUACAAUCAUCCAUGUGCUCCGAAUGCCGAUUGUUUCGUUCUUCAGCAUCAACCUCAGUGCAGGUGUCCUCAGGGUUUCACAGGUGACCCACAGUCUUAUUGCCAGAAGCCUGCCACUGAGUUGGAGCCUGAAUGCAGAAGAGAUAUCGACUGUCCGUCGGGGUUAGGAUGCAUCAAUGAGAUUUGCCAGAACCCAUGUACGGUGCUGAACCCUUGUCACAGUAGUGCACGAUGUGAGGUACUGAACACGCUCCCAGUGCGAACCACAACCUGUGAAUGUCCGCCUGGGACAUUUGGAAGUGGUUAUGAACCAUGUGUUGAACCAGUUAUUGAAGAAGGCUGCAAAAGCGAUGGUGAAUGUCCUCAGCAAUUGGCCUGCAUCAAUAGAGACUGCAGAGAUCCUUGCAAUUGUGGAGUCGGUGCCCUUUGUACGGUUACAAACCACAGGCCAAUUUGCCGGUGUCCUCCGGGUUUCGAAGGCAAUCCUCAAAUCAGAUGCGAAGAAAGUGGUUGCAAAUCAGACGCAGAAUGUUCAUUUGACAAAGCGUGUCAUCAGAAACAGUGCAUCAACCCGUGUUACCUGAGAAACCCAUGUGCCGUGAAUGCAGAAUGUUAUCCAUCAAAUCAUGUAGCACAAUGUAGGUGUCCACCGGGACUUGAAGGAAACCCUCUGGUGAGGUGUGAGACGGUUGGAUGCAAGUCAGACAAUGAAUGCCCUCUGGACAAGUCUUGCCAGGAAAGGCAGUGUGUGGAUCCCUGCUUAUACACGAGCAAUUGUGCACCUAAUGCUGCAUGCUUCGUGCUAAAUCAUCGUCCUGAGUGCCGUUGUCCGCAAGGUUUCGUUGGAAAUCCAAGGGAGUACUGUGAAGUUCCAAAACCCGAACCACAACCGGAGUGCCUCAAAGACGGGGACUGUUACGCAGCAUUGGCUUGUAUUGACCAAAGGUGCCAAAAUCCAUGCACUAGUCUGAACCCCUGUCAUCCGAGUGCUGUUUGUCAAGUCAUUAAUUCUCAACCUGUGAAGAGCAUGAUUUGUAAUUGUCCUCCGGGGACUAUUGGAGAUGGCUACACCGAGUGUGUUUCUCCGGUGGAGGAGGAAGGUUGCAAAAGUGACUCCGAAUGUCCGCAAACCCUUGCAUGUAUAAACUCCGAAUGUCGAGAUCCUUGUAACUGUGGCUUGAAUGCAGACUGCAUUGUCCAGUCCCACCGGCCAAUUUGCAAAUGCAAACCUGGAUUCGAGGGAAAUCCGCAGAUAGCCUGCUCUGAAUCUGGUUGCAGGGACAAUUCUGAGUGUCCGUUGGAUAAGGCCUGUCAUCAAAGACAGUGCGUAAAUCCUUGUUACGUGAAGGACCCGUGCGCAAUCAAUGCAGAAUGCUUCCCAGCUAAUCACAGAGCGGAAUGCAGAUGUAACCCUGGACUGGAGGGUAACCCUUUCUCGAAAUGUGUUACUGUUGGUUGCAAGACGGAUUCAGAGUGUCCUUUGGACAAGAGUUGCACGAGUGGAACGUGCCAGGACCCAUGUGUUUACCAGAAUGACUGCGCUCCGAAUGCCCACUGCUUUGUCCUGAGCCACAGACCCGAGUGCAGGUGUCCGCCUGGAUUAUUGGGUAACCCGAGAGAACAGUGUUUGAGACCGGAACCUGAAGCGAGACCCGAGUGCCUCAAUGACGCCGAGUGUCCGAGGCAAUUGGCGUGUAUCGGAAACACGUGCCAAAACCCGUGCACAGUGUUGAACCCAUGUCACCCUUCUUCGCUGUGCCAAGUUGUAGACACUAUUCCUGUGAAAACCAUGACUUGUGUUUGUCCUGCGGGAACCAUAGGAGAUGGGUACUCUCAAUGUGUGGAACCAGUAGUCGACGAAGGCUGCAAGUCAGAUCAAGACUGCCCGUCUCAAUUGGCUUGCAUCAAUAGGGACUGUCGAGACCCUUGCAACUGCGGACCGAAUGCUGCGUGUACUGUGACCAAUCAUAGACCUCUUUGUAGAUGUCUUCCUGGAUUUGAAGGCAAUCCCCAGAUUGGCUGUGUUGAGAGUGGAUGCAAGACUGACUCGGAAUGUUCAUUUGACAAGAAGUGUCAUCAAAGGCAGUGUGUCAACCCGUGCUUGCUUCAGAAUCCUUGCCAUUUCACUGCCGAAUGUUAUCCAGCCAACCACCGUGCCGAGUGUAGAUGUCCACCUGGUCUUGAAGGCAAUCCCGUGGUGAAGUGUGAAACCUCUGGCUGCAAAUCUGACAAUGAGUGUCCUUUGGACAAAGCCUGUGUGGAAAGGCAGUGCAUUGAUCCUUGUUUGUACACCAACGAGUGCGCCCAGAAUGCGGAGUGUUUCGUCAUGAAUCACAGACCACUCUGUAAAUGUAGGCCACCACUACAAGGAAAUCCGCACGAUUACUGCAGGCCACCAGUGGUGGAAGCUGAACCGGAAUGCAGAAGAGAUUCUGAUUGUCCUAGAGCCAUGGGAUGCAUCAACGAACGGUGUGAGAACCUCUGUAGGACACUGAACCCAUGUCAUCCAUCGGCCAUCUGUAGGGUACUGGAGAGUAAUCCUAUAAAAUCUGUCGUUUGUGAGUGUCCUCCAGGGACUCUCGGAGAUGGUUACAAUCAGUGUGUUGAACCAGUCGUGGAAGACGGUUGCCGCAGUGACAGUGAAUGCUCUGACCAACUGGCCUGCAUAAAUAGGGACUGCAGAGACCCCUGCAAUUGUGGAGUUGGAGCAGUGUGUUCUGUGCAGUACCAUAGACCGAUUUGCAGGUGUCCAGAAGGAUUUGAAGGAAAUCCGCAGAUUCGAUGUGAACCGAGCGGAUGCAAGUCUAACCAGGAUUGUCCAUAUGACAAAGCUUGCCACAACAGACAAUGCAUCAACCCUUGUUAUCUCUCGAACCCGUGUGCUGUAAAUGCGGAAUGCUAUCCGGCGAACCAUAUCGCGGAAUGCAGGUGCCCACCUGGUUUAGAAGGGAACCCAGUAGUACGAUGUGAAGAGAUUGGCUGCAAGUCGAGUAAUGAUUGUCCCUUGGACAAAGCAUGUGUGGAGAAGCAGUGCAUCAACCCGUGCCUCAUUGGGCAACCUUGUGCUCCGAACGCGGAUUGUUUCGUCCUGCAACACAGACCUGAGUGUAGGUGUCCACCGGGCACGGAAGGUGACCCAAGGUCAUACUGCAGACCUCCAGCAGUCGAAGCAAGGCCCGAAUGUUUGACUGAUCCUGAGUGUCCGUCUGGAUUGGCUUGCAUCGACCAAACCUGCCAAAAUCCAUGCACAAGACUAAACCCUUGUCAUCCAUCAGCGCUUUGUAGGGUUGUCAACACUAAUCCAGUGAGGACGAUGAUUUGCGAGUGUCCUCCUGGAACUGUUGGGGACGGCUACAAUCAAUGCGUUGAACCAGUUAUUGAAGAAGGCUGCAAAAGCGAUGGUGAAUGUCCUCAGCAAUUGGCCUGCAUCAAUAGAGACUGCAGAGAUCCUUGCAAUUGUGGAGUCGGUGCCCUUUGUACGGUUACGAACCACAGGCCAAUUUGCCGGUGUCCUCCGGGUUUCGAAGGCAACCCUCAAAUCAGAUGCGAAGAAAGUGGUUGCAAAUCAGACGCAGAAUGUUCAUUUGACAAAGCGUGUCAUCAGAAACAGUGCAUCAACCCGUGUUACCUGAGAAACCCAUGUGCCGUGAAUGCUGAAUGUUAUCCAUCAAAUCAUGUAGCACAAUGUAGGUGUCCACCGGGACUCGAAGGAAACCCUCUGGUGAGGUGUGAGACGGUUGGAUGCAAGUCAGACAAUGAAUGCCCUCUGGACAAGUCUUGUCAGGAAAGACAGUGUGUGGACCCUUGCUUGUACACCAGGGAAUGUGCACCAAAUGCCAUCUGCCUUGUCCUGAACCAUCGACCUUCCUGCAGAUGUCCUUUGGGCACUGAGGGCAACCCGCACGAAUUCUGUAGACCCCCGGCACCUGAACGUGAGCCCGAAUGUAGAGUUGACUCGGAUUGCCCGACAUCUCUAGCUUGCAUCAACGAGCACUGCCAAAAUCCCUGCGUCACAUUGAACCCCUGCAACCCGACUGCUAAUUGCAGAGUGGUUAAUAGCAUUCCUGUCAGAACCAUGAUCUGUGAAUGUCCUCCAGGAACGAUUGGCGAUGGUUACAGCCAAUGUGUGGAACCAGUUAUUGAGGAAGGGUGCAAAAGUGACAACGAAUGCUCACAACAACUGGCCUGCAUCAAUAGAGACUGCAGAGAUCCUUGCAAUUGUGGAAUUGGUGCCCUUUGUACAGUGACGAACCACAGGCCGAUUUGCCGGUGUCCUCCAGGUUUCGAGGGCAAUCCUCAGAUCCGAUGUGAAGAAAGUGGUUGCAAAUCGGACGCGGAAUGCCCCUUCGACAAGCAAUGCUACCAGAGACAGUGUAUCAACCCUUGUUACUUGUCCAACCAAUGUGCCAUCAAUGCGGAAUGCUACCCGCAGAACCAUCGUGCUGAAUGCAGGUGUCCACCGGGUCUCGAAGGGAACCCGAGAAUCAGAUGCGAAACGUCGGGAUGCAAAUCCAGCGAAGAAUGUCCCUUGGACAAAGCAUGUGUGGAAAGGCAGUGUGUGGACCCUUGCGUGUUUCAGAGAGACUGCGCUCCGAACGCAGAAUGCUUCGUUCUGCAACACAGACCACAGUGUAGAUGUCCUCCUGGGUAUGAAGGAGAUCCUAGGUCCUACUGUAGAAGGCCUGAACCAGAGCUGAGACCCGAAUGCGUAUCUGACCCUGAGUGUUCAACCGGAUUGGCCUGCAUUGACCAACGAUGUCAGAACCCGUGCGUGACUCUCAGCCCCUGUCACCCGAGUGCCCAUUGCCGGGUUAUCAACACCAAUCCGGUCAGGACCAUGAUUUGUGAAUGUCCGCCGGGGACAAUUGGAGAUGGAUACAACCAGUGUGGUGAGUACCUGCGGAGUUUUUCGUCGUCUGUAACGUGCAAUUCACUAACUCGUCGCCCCUUUUUUUCCCCUUCAAAAGUUGAACCUGUGGUGGACGAUGGUUGCAGCAGUGACAACGAAUGCCCUGACCAACUCGCCUGCAUAAAUAGGGACUGUCAAGACCCUUGUAACUGCGGCAUUGGUGCCCAGUGCACUGUGAGAUUCCAUAGACCGAUUUGCAGGUGUCCAGAUGGCUUUGAAGGGAACCCUCAGAUCCGAUGUGAACUCGGCGGAUGCAAGUCCAGUCAGGAAUGUCCAUUCGACAAAGCCUGCCACAAUAGACAAUGCAUUAAUCCUUGCUAUCUGUCAAACCCGUGUGCUGUGAAUGCCGAGUGUUACCCAGCGAACCAUAUCGCGGAAUGCAGGUGUCCACCUGGGUUGGAAGGCAAUCCGAUAGUCCGAUGUGAAGAGAUCGGGUGCAAGUCGGACAACGAUUGCCCCUUGGACAAAUUCUGCCUCAACAGAGACUGCGUCAAUCCUUGUGUCCACUCGUCGACUUGUGCUCCAAAUGCUGACUGUUUCGCUGAGCAACACAGGCCUCAGUGCAGGUGUCCAGUUGGGUUUGAAGGGAAUCCGUAUGAGUACUGUCAAAGACCAGCUCCUGAAGCCAGGCCCGAGUGUUUGACUGAUCCUGAGUGUCCAUCUGGAUUAGCUUGCAUUGAUCAAACUUGCCAGAACCCGUGCACAAGGCUGAACCCAUGUCAUCCGUCAGCGUUUUGCAGGGUGCUCAAUACAAACCCAGUGAGGACAAUGAUUUGUGAGUGUCCUCCUGGAACCAUCGGCGACGGCUACAAUCAAUGCGUUGAACCAGUGAUUGAGGAUGGCUGCAGAAGUGAUGAUGAAUGUUCUCAGCAGCUUGCCUGCAUUAACCGGGACUGCAGAGAUCCAUGCAAUUGUGGCGUCGGUGCCUUGUGCACUGUCACCAACCACAGACCGAUUUGUCGGUGUCCUCCAGGUUUCGAAGGCAAUCCUCAAAUCAGAUGUGAAGAAAGUGGCUGCAAAUCAGACGCAGAAUGUUCAUUUGACAAAGCGUGUCAUCAGAAACAGUGCAUCAACCCGUGCUACCUGAGAAACCCAUGUGCAGUGAAUGCUGAAUGCUAUCCAUCAAAUCAUGUAGCACAAUGUAGAUGUCCACCGGGACUUGAAGGAAACCCUCUGGUGAGGUGUGAGACGGUUGGAUGCAAGUCAAGCGAAGAAUGUCCCUUGGAUAAAGCAUGCGUGGACAGACAAUGUGUGAACCCAUGUUUGUUCGGCCAAAAUUGCGCACCAACCGCAGAAUGUUUUGUCUUGCAACAUCGACCACAAUGUCGAUGCCCACCUGGACUCGAAGGAAACCCUCGAGAGUUCUGUAGAAGACCUGUUGUUGAGGCGGAACCUGAGUGCAGGAGAGAUGCUGAUUGUCCGCACAACUUGGCCUGUAUUCAAGAACGCUGCCAAAAUCCGUGCAUUACAUUGAAUCCUUGCCAUCCUUCAGCCAUAUGCCGUGUUCUGCAGACACUCCCUGUGAAGACCAUGAUUUGUGAGUGUCCACCUGGAACGCUUGGAGAUGGCUACACUCAGUGUGUUGAACCAGUGAUUGAUGACGGGUGCAGAAGUGAUGACGAAUGCUCCCAGCAACUGGCCUGUAUCAACAGAGACUGCAGAGAUCCCUGCAAUUGUGGAAUCGGCGCCCUCUGUACUGUUACAAACCACAGACCGAUAUGCCGGUGUCCUCCAGGUUUCGAAGGCAAUCCCCAGAUCCGAUGCGAAGAGGGCGGUUGCAAGUCAGACGCAGAAUGCUCAUUUGAUAAAGCAUGUCAUCAGAAACAGUGUAUCAACCCGUGUUACCUGAGAAACCCAUGUGCAGUGAAUGCAGAAUGCUAUCCAUCAAACCAUGUCGCACAAUGUAGGUGUCCGCCGGGACUUGAAGGAAACCCUCUGGUGAGGUGCGAGACGGUUGGAUGCAAGUCAAGUGAAGAAUGUCCCUUGGAUAAAGCAUGUGUGGAACGACAAUGUGUGAACCCGUGUUUGUUCGGCCAACAUUGCGCAUCAAACGCAGAAUGUUUUGUCUUCCAACAUCGGCCACAAUGUCGAUGCCCACCUGGACUCGAAGGAAACCCUCGAGAGUUCUGCAGACGACCUGUUGUUGAGGCGGAACCAGAGUGCAGGAGAGAUGCUGAUUGUCCGCACAACUUGGCUUGUAUUCAAGAACGCUGCCAAAACCCGUGCACUACGUUGAAUCCCUGUCAUCCUUCAGCCAUAUGCCGUGUUCUGCAGACGCUCCCUGUGAAGACUAUGAUUUGUGAGUGUCCACCUGGAACACUUGGAGACGGCUACAACCAAUGUGUUGAACCGGUGGUUGAAGACGGAUGCAGAAGUGAUGACGAAUGCUCCCAGCAACUGGCCUGUAUCAAUAGGGAAUGCAGAGAUCCUUGCAACUGUGGAAUUGGUGCACUCUGUACGGUUACCAACCACAGACCGAUUUGUAGAUGUCCACCGGGCUUCGAAGGCAACCCUCAGAUCCGAUGUGAUGAGGGUGGUUGCAAGUCGGAUUCAGAAUGUUCUUUCGAUAAGGCCUGUCACCAGAAGCAGUGCAUCAACCCGUGUUACAUCAGGGAUCCCUGUGGAAUCAACUCUGAAUGCUAUCCGGUAAACCAUAGAGCAGAAUGCAGAUGUAGACCCGGGUUCGACGAUACCCCUGCGGGUUGCGUCAGAUCUGGAUGCAGGUCCAACGAUGAUUGCCCAUUGGAUCAAGCUUGCGUGGAACGGCAGUGUGUCAACCCCUGUGUCUACUACAAUGACUGUGCUCCAAAUGCCAUCUGCAUUGUACUCGAACACAGACCUAGUUGCAGGUGCCCAGUUGGUCUCCUAGGUGACCCACGAGUGCGAUGCGAGCGUCCAGCCCCAGAGGUGUUACCAGAGUGUACAACUGAUUCACAGUGUCCUCUUGGUCUUGGUUGCAUCAAUGAACGGUGUACCAACCCUUGUGCAGCCUUGAAUCCGUGCCACCCGAGUGCACUUUGUAGGGUGCUCAACACAUCCCCUGUGAGGACGAUGGUGUGUGAGUGUCCUCAGGGAACAUUUGGCGAUGGUUACAGUGCAUGCGUUGCGCCUGAGGUUGACGUUGGAUGCAAAUCCGACCAGGAUUGUCCGUCUCAAUUGGCAUGCUUGAACAGGGAUUGCAAAGAUCCAUGUGAUUGCGGACGCAAUGCUGAUUGUUCAGUUGUAAACCAUAGACCAAUCUGCAGGUGCAGACCUAAUUUCGAGGGCAAUCCCCACAUCGCUUGUGAACCAGCCGGUUGCCGAAGUGAUGCAGAGUGUUCAUUCGACAAGAUGUGCCAUAACCGGCAGUGCGUGAAUCCUUGUUAUAUCCAAAACCCGUGUCACGUGCCAACAGCUGACUGCUUUGCGACCAACCACCGCGCAGAAUGCAGGUGUAAACCUGGUCUAGAAGGGAAUCCCUUAGUCAGAUGCGAGACGAUCGGAUGCAAGUCCGACUCAGACUGUGGCCCGACCGAAGCCUGCAUCAAUCGUCGAUGCGUGGAUCCCUGCUUGUACAGCAACCCGUGUGCUCCGAAUGCUGUCUGCUAUGCGCAGGACCAUCGCCCGUUUUGUCGUUGCCCACCCGGGUUUGAAGGGAAUCCUAAUGAGUUCUGCAGGAGACCCGUGAUCGAGGCCCAGCCGGAGUGCAGAUUAGACCCUGAUUGUCCAUCAUUCUUGGCUUGCAUCAAUGAAAGAUGCCAGAAUCCUUGCACUGUGCUGAACCCAUGUAACCCUAGUGCCCAGUGCAGGGUCCUCAACACCAGUCCUGUGAGAACCAUGAUUUGCGAGUGCCCGCCUGGAACCUAUGGGGAUGGUUACAGUCAAUGUGUUGAACCAGUAGUGGAGGACGGAUGUAAGAGUGAUGGUGAGUGUUCAGACCACUUGGCAUGCAUCAGCAGGGACUGCCGAGACCCUUGCAACUGUGGAUCAAAUGCCAUUUGUGAUGUCAGAAAUCAUAGACCACUGUGCAAAUGCAAACCAGGUUUCGAGGGCAACCCACAGAUUGCCUGCUUUGAAAGUGGAUGUCAGACAGACAAUGACUGUCCUCAAGUUGCAGCGUGCAUUAAUCGACAAUGCGUGAAUCCGUGCUACUUGAACAAUCCCUGUGCCGUGGGAGCAGAGUGCUACCCAGCGGAUCACAGGGCCCAGUGUCGGUGCCCACGAGGCACCGAAGGUGAUGCUCUAGUCAGUUGUAAACCGAUUGGCUGUGAUUCGGACAACGAGUGCCCACUCAGCAAAGCGUGUGUGAGGAGAGAAUGCGUCAAUCCCUGCUUGUAUAGCAACCCGUGUGCAUCCAAUGCACUUUGCGAGGUCCCCAACCAUCGCCCGCAGUGUCGGUGCCCACCAGGGCUUGAAGGGAACCCUAGGGAGUUCUGCAGGAGGCCAGUUGUGCCGGAAGCUCAGCCAGAAUGUAGGCAUGACGGGGAUUGUCCCUCUGGAUUGGGUUGCAUUAGCGAGAGAUGCCAGAACCCUUGCACCGUGUUGAGCCCUUGUCACCCAAGUGCCAUCUGCCGGGUGCUCAACACUUCUCCUGUCAGGACUAUGAUUUGCGAAUGUAGCCCGCCCUUGAUCGGGGAUGGAUACUCUGGAUGUUAUCCUGUUGAACCGGUGAGGGACGAUGGUUGCUCCUCCAAUUCGGAGUGUCCCUCACACUUGGCGUGUUUCUCACCGGAAUGCAGAGAUCCAUGUAACUGUGGAGCCAAUGCCAUCUGUACUGUGGUGAAUCAUCAUCCGACUUGCAGAUGCAAGGAUGGAUUCGCCGGGGACGCUCAAAGAGGUUGCUACCCAGUUGGCUGCCAGACGGACGUGGACUGUCCUUUGGACCAAGCCUGCAUCAGUCAGAACUGCGUGAACCCAUGCUACGUGUCCAACCCUUGUCACAUCAGUGCUGAGUGCGUUGCGCUGAAUCAUCGUGCGCAAUGUAGAUGCCCACCAGGCACCCGAGGCGACCCAUUCCGUUCGGGAUGUAAACCAGAGGGCUGUCAAAGCGACUUGGACUGUUCUCUGGAAACGGCAUGCGUGUCCCGGAAUUGCAUCAAUCCUUGCCUUUACACCAACCCAUGUGCCGUGAAUGCCGAGUGUUUUGUAGAUCAACACAGACCCCAAUGCAGAUGUCCCUCCGGGCUACAGGGCAACCCUAGGGAAUACUGCCGAGCGCCCGUGGUGGAAGCCGAGCCUGAAUGCCGUCAAGAUGCCGACUGUUCCUCAGGCUUGGCAUGCAUUAAUUCACACUGUCAGAAUCCAUGCACUGUGCUCAGUCCUUGUCACCCGAGUGCCAUCUGCAGGGUCUUGGACACUCUUCCUGUGAGGACCAUGGUGUGUGAAUGCCCGCCAGGCACAGUUGGCGAUGGAUCCGCUGCAUGCCAUCCAGAAAGGGAGCAGGGAUGCAGGACUGACCAAGAGUGCCCCACUGUCCUCGCUUGCAUUGGUGGCGACUGUAGAGACCCUUGUGACUGCGGUGCCAAUGCCAUGUGUACUGUCGUGAACCAUAGGCCAAUCUGCAGGUGUAGACCGGGGUAUGAAGGCAACCCGAGGAUCUCCUGCUACCCAGAGGGUUGCAGAAGAAAUCAAGAAUGCGACUUUGAUAAAGCCUGCAUCCAGAGGCAGUGUUUGAACCCUUGUCUGGUGCAGAACCCAUGCGCAGCAAGUGCUGAAUGUUACGUUUCUAGCCACAGAGCACUGUGCAGGUGUCCACCUGGUCAAAAAGGAAAUCCGAACGUCAUGUGCAAGCCUGCGGGUUGUAGCUCUGACAGGGAAUGUUCUCUAGACACUAGCUGUGUCAACACCCAGUGCAUCAAUCCGUGCUUGUACCAGAACCCUUGCGCAUCAAAUGCAGAGUGUUUUGUGCUAGAACAUCGGCCGCAAUGUCGUUGCCCAAGGGGAACAAUUGGUGACCCGAGAGUGUAUUGCGAAACUCCGAGGCCUGAAAUCGAGCCUGAAUGCAGGCAGGAUGCUGAUUGCCCUACUGGGUUGGCCUGUAUCAACGAGAGAUGCCAGAACCCGUGCUUGACGAACCCAUGUUUCCGGCUGGCUAGAUGUCGAGUUUUGGAUACUCUCCCGGUGAAAACCAUGAUUUGUGAGUGCCCUGCUGGAAUGGUCGGGGAUGGCUUUUCUUCCUGCAAACCAGUCGAAGUUGAGAGGGAAGGUUGCAGAAGCGACCAGGAGUGUCCCGUGACACUGGCCUGUUUCGGCGGACAGUGCAAAGAUCCAUGCAACUGUGGUGCGAAUGCUGUUUGCAAUGUUGUCAACCACAGGGCCAUCUGCACAUGCAGACCAGGCUUCGAAGGGAACCCGCAGCUCUCCUGCUUCCCGAUUGGCUGCAAAUUGGACGCCGAAUGCUCCCUGGACAAAGCGUGUGUGCAGGGCAACUGCGUGAACCCGUGCUACAUCUCAGACCCGUGUGCAGCGAAUGCCGAUUGCUUUCCCCGGAACCACAGAGCGGAAUGCCGGUGCAAGUCUGGCUUCGAAGGGAACCCUCAAACCGGCUGCAAGAAACUGGAGUGUCAAAGAGACGCUGAAUGUCCCUUGGAUAAAACAUGCGUGUCUCAGCGAUGUGUGGACCCUUGUGUGUACUCGAACAGAUGUGCUCACAAUGCGCUUUGCAUCCCUGUGAAUCACCUGGCGCAAUGUCGGUGUCCUGUUGGGUUCGAAGGGAAUCCAUUGGUUUAUUGUCGACGACCUGAGCCUGAAGCAUCGCCAGAGUGUAGAACUGAUGCCGAUUGUCCGUCCCUGCUUGCUUGUAUCAAUGAGUAUUGUCAGAACCCUUGUUCUGCACUGGCGCCGUGUCACCCGAGUGCCAAUUGUCAAGUGAUCAACACCGUACCAAGGACUAUGAUUUGCGUCUGUCCUCCUGGGACAAUUGGCGAUGGAUACUCGCAGUGUGUUGAACCCGUAGUGGAGGAAGGUUGUAAGUCAGACACCGACUGUCCAAUGACCCAGGCCUGCAUGAACAGAGACUGCAGAGACCCAUGCAGCUGUGGACCCAAUGCCCAAUGUUCCGUCUUUAACCACCGUCCACUCUGCUCAUGCUUGCCAGGUUUCGAAGGGAAUCCAAACAUCGCUUGUUAUCCAGCUGGCUGCAAAGCAGAUUCUGAGUGUGCCCAGGACAAAGCCUGCUUCAACAAGCAGUGCGUGAACCCGUGUUACGUCAAGAACGAUUGUGCUCCCACAGCCGAGUGUUUCCCGGAGAGACACCAAGCCGUGUGCAAGUGUCCACCUGGACUGGAAGGUGACCCACACAUCCAGUGUGUGCCUUCGGGAUGUUCUUCAGACUCGGAAUGCUCCCUGGCCCAAGCCUGUAUCCUGAGAAAGUGUGUCAACCCUUGCUUGUACAACAAUCCCUGUGCUUCCAAUGCGGAAUGCAUGGUUUUGAGUCAUCGACCGGAGUGCCGUUGUCCACCGGGCUACCAAGGGAACCCGUUGGUGUACUGUGAACGGAUACCUCCACCACCACAGCCGGAGUGUCAACGGGACGGUGACUGUCGGUCUGGCCUUGCUUGUCUGAACAACAAGUGUUUGAACCCUUGCACAGCCAUCAAACCCUGUCACCCGUCAGCGGAAUGUCGCGUUUUAGAUACACUGCCGAUCCGAACCAUGAUUUGUGAGUGCCCACCUGGGACCCUUGGCGAUGGAUACCGGGAAUGCGUUGAACCGGCUGUCGAACAAGACGAUGGGUGCAAAUCAAACAAUGACUGCUCGACUCAACUAGCAUGUAUUAGUAGAGAAUGCAGAGACCCUUGCAACUGUGGGUCCAAUGCGGAGUGCUCAGUCGUGAAUCAUAUGCCAAUUUGUACCUGCAAGCCUGGGUUCGAGGGGAACCCGAAAAUAUCCUGCGUGCCUACUGGCUGUAGAACAGACUCGGAGUGCCCCAGUGACAAGGCCUGUCACCAGAAAAAUUGUGUGAACCCAUGCUACGUCAGGGACCCGUGUUCUCGUAGUGCGACGUGUUUCGCUGAGAAUCACGUAGCUGUUUGCAGAUGUCCGCCUGGUUAUGAAGGAGAUCCUUAUGUGAACUGCAGACAACCUGGGUGCAACUCAGAUGCUGAGUGUCCCUCGGAGAAAGCGUGUGUCUCGAGACAGUGUGUCAACCCAUGCCUGUAUUCGAACCCGUGUGCACACAACGCGGAAUGUGUGCCCUUCAACCAUCAGGCCCAGUGCAGAUGUCCUCCGGGCUUUGAAGGCAAUGCGUAUAUUUACUGCCAGAAACCCGUGGAGCCGGAAUGCAAGCAAGACACGGAUUGUCCAGCGAAGCUUGCUUGUCUUGAGAAUGUUUGCCGGGAUCCGUGUGUGGUCAUCGCACCUUGUGCUCCUACGGCUAUUUGUGAAGUCAUCAACACUGCACCCGUCAGGACCAUGAUUUGCACUUGCCCGCCAGGCAUGAUUGGGGAUGGGAAAGUGCUAUGCACUGCAGUCGAACCGAUUGAAGCCGGUUGCUCAAGUGAUGCCGAAUGCCCUGCCCAAGAGGCAUGUAUGAACAGACAAUGCAGAGACCCUUGUCACUGCGGAACGAACGCUUUUUGCACCGUCAUCAACCACAGACCGUUGUGCCAAUGCAACCAGGGAUACGAAGGAAAUCCCCACAUUGCUUGCGAAGAGAUUGGAUGUAGGUCAGAUGCAGACUGCCAGUCAGACAAGACCUGCAUGAGGAGGAAUUGCGUGAACCCGUGCUUGGUGCAAAAUCCGUGUGCCUACAAUGCGGAGUGCUUUGGUCAAAAUCACAGAGCGCAAUGCAGGUGUCCUCCGGGCUACAUUGGCGAUGCCAGAAGGGUCUGUGAGUUGCCUGGCUGCAAAUCUGAUGACCAGUGUCCGAAUCCUUUGGCGUGUCGAAACCGGGAGUGCGUAGAUCCGUGUGCCACUGGCAAUCCUUGUGCGCCGUCAGCAGAGUGCAUCGGUAGAGAUCACAGAGCCAACUGCAGGUGCCCUGUUGGAAUGUUUGGGGACCCGUAUGUUGAGUGCAAACCUGAGCAAAGGCCGGAAUGCAAGACGGAUGGGGACUGCCCCUCGGGCCUGGCUUGUUUGAACUCAGUGUGCCAGAACCCGUGCACAGUUCUGCGCCCGUGCCAUCCAUCAGCAACCUGUAGGGUAAUAGACACCGUCCCGGUCAGGACCAUGACUUGCAUGUGUCCUGACGGGCAGGUGGUUGACCGAAAUGCCAAUUGCCUACCAAUUUCGCCUACCAUCGCUGGAUGUCAGAGGGAUGAAGAGUGCACUCCGACAACGGCUUGUCUCAAUGGAGAGUGCAGGGACCCGUGCAACUGCGGAACCAACGCUGUUUGCCGAGUGAUCAACCAUAGGGCCAUCUGCGAGUGCAAAUCUGGCUUUGAUGGCAACCCGAAUGUUGCUUGUCAUGCAAUUGGUUGCCGGGAUGACAGCGAGUGUCCAACUGACAAAGCCUGCUUCAAUAGACAGUGUGUAAAUCCGUGCAUAAUCAGCGACCCAUGCCAUGUGACUGCAGAAUGUUUUGCUGAAAACCACAAGGCAGAUUGUAGAUGCAGGACAGGCUUUGAAGGCAACCCCAGAGACCGUUGUGUCCUCCUUGGAUGCAAGAGUAACCAGGACUGCGCAAUAGACAAAUCCUGCGUGAACGCGAAAUGCGUGGAUCCUUGUGUGCAUGCGGAUCCCUGUGCCACCACUGCCGAGUGCUUUGUGACCAAUCAUGCUGCGGGAUGUCGAUGCCCACCUGGACUGUCUGGAAACCCGUUUGAGCGUUGCUCAACGGAACAACCGGCAGUAGAACAAAGAGAGCCCGAGUGUGUCUUCGACUCAGACUGUCCUUCAGGACUGGCUUGCAUAAAGGAGCAAUGCCAGGAUCCGUGCAAAGUAAUCGCGCCUUGUGAUGCCACCGCCAAGUGUGUGGUAUUGGACACUGAGCCCCUGAGGACCAUGGUUUGCAUCUGUCCUGAUGGAUGGGUGCCAUUGAGUGAUGGACGAUGUCAGCCCGUUGAAAUUCCCUCUCCCCCUGGAUGCCUCGGAGAUGAUGAAUGUCCACCAUUGGAAGCCUGCAUCAAUAGGCAAUGCAGAGACCCUUGUGCUUGUGGAGGCAAUGCAGACUGCAUAAUCAAGGACCAUCGGCCUGUGUGCAGGUGUAAACCAGGCUACGAAGGCAAUCCACAUGUCCUCUGCGCAGAGGUUGGCUGCAGACAAAACGAGAACUGUCCGAAUGACAAAGCGUGCUUCAAUGGCAACUGCGUGAAUCCAUGUCUGGUGAAUGAUCCGUGUGUGGCUCAUGCGGAGUGUUAUCCGGAGAACCAUGAAGCCCAGUGUCGAUGCAACCCGGGUUACGAAGGCAAUGCCCUGGAAAGAUGUACCCUCAUCGGAUGCCGAACGGAUGACGAUUGCCCCAUCGAGCAAUCUUGCAUCAAUCGUCAGUGCUUGAACCCUUGCUUCUACAAUAACCCUUGUGCUCCUAAUGCUGAGUGCAGGACCAUCAUUCACUCGGCACGGUGCAGAUGUCCCCCGGGAACAACGGGAGACCCAUAUUCAUUCUGCAAGGCUGUCCCGGAGCCGGAAUGUAGAGAAGAUGCUGACUGCGCACACAGCUUUGCGUGUUUGAACCAGGUCUGUAGGGAUCCGUGCCUCGCAAUCCAACCUUGUGAUUCCUCAGCUGCCUGCAAAGUCAUCUCAACUCUGCCCCUGAGAACGAUGAUCUGUAUUUGCCCCGAUGGACACCAGACCAUGCCUGGUGGAUCGUGUGAACCCAUCCCAGUCAUCACUGGUUUGUGCCUUGAAGAUGACGAGUGUCCAGGAGACAAGGCCUGCGUGAACAGCCAGUGUAGGUCGCCUUGCAACUGCGGGCCAAAUGCCGACUGCAGAGUAGUGGACCACAAGCCCAUCUGCUCCUGCCAAGUCGGCUUCGAUGGUCACCCAGACACAGGAUGUUUCACAGUGGGCUGUGAAAGUAACUCCGACUGUCCGCCCACUCAUGCGUGCAAGAACAAUGCCUGUGUUGAGCUCUGUGCCCUGAGGAACCCGUGUGCGCCGUUUGCAGAGUGCAGGCCGUAUGACCACAACCCACUUUGCAUUUGUCCACCCGGAACCACGGGAAACCCUGGAGUCGCAUGCACGCCUGUCGGAUGCCAACAUAAUGAUGAUUGUCCUAGUGACAAGGCUUGUCACAAUGGCCAGUGCGACGAUCCUUGCGAGUUUGCUGAUCCUUGCGCUGAUACUGAAUGCAAGGUUCACAAUCACGCUGUGUCGUGCCAGUGUCCACCAGGUUUCGAAGGAGACCCAGCUGUUGGCUGUACGAAGAUUGACGACAGGUGCAAGAUUGAUUCGGACUGUCCCAGGCAAACGGCUUGCAUCAACCGCGAAUGCCAGGACCCGUGCAAAAUCAUUUCACCGUGCGGAACAGAUGCUAUUUGCAAAGUUCUCGACACGGAACCAAUUCGCACAAUGACUUGCGUAUGCCCACCAGGUUACGUUGGCAAUGCUGCCGUUGCCUGCGUUCCAGCGCCAACUUGUCCUACUGAAAAGGGCUUCGAAGACAGAGAUGGAGACUGCAUUUGCCCGACAGACAGAGGAAAGGGCGUGAACAAGGACGGAGAAUGCAUUUUGUGUCCAGUUGAACUCGGCUACAGACUUGAUGAGCAAGGAAAAUGCGUGUGUGCCACAGACAGGGGGAUGACGGUGGUCAAUGGUAAUUGCAUUUGCCCGGCUCCGAGAUUCGAGCUCUUGCCUGGAGGCGUCUGCAAAGAGAUUGAACUAGUGGUGUCUCCGGAGUGUGAGGUGGAUGAACAAUGCAAGGACUCCGAGGUAUGCAGGCAAGAGAAAUGCGUUCGUGCCUGUAGCGAAGUCAAAUGCGUCAAAAAUGCCCUCUGCGACGAAGCCAACCACCGAGCAGUGUGCAGGUGCAUCACAGGCUAUGCCGGGGAUGGAGAAAUUGAGUGUGUACCUGUAUUGUCAACGUCGGAACCUACUCCUGGUCUGAGGACGGACUUCCCGCAACCAGAAAUGGUGGUCAACUGCCUGGCUGACGGGGUCUUGGUGGACAUUCGACUGGAUGGCGUGACUGACAAUCGCGAAUGGGACGGUGUCCUUUAUGUCAAGGGUUACAGUGACAGGCAAGAAUGCAGAAGGGUCAUCCAGGAUAGUGACACCAUCAGAGCCCUGGAGUUCAAGGUCGAAUUCAACUCAUGCGGACUGAUCCAUGCCAAUGGAGAAGCAAGCUUCAUAUUAGUGAUCCAGAAGCACCCGAAGCUCGUCACGUACAAGACCCAGGCUUAUCACGUCAAGUGCCUGUACAAGACGGGACAGAAAACCGUGACCCUUGGAUUCAACGUCAGCAUGAUCACGACUGCGGGAACCAUCGCCAAUACUGGCCCACCACCUACGUGCAGCAUGAGGAUCGUGACAGCUUCUGGAAGCGAAAUCAGCAAGGCGACGAUCGGAGAAAGGCUGAUGUUGAUCGUCGAGGUCCAACCGAACAGCGUAUACGGCGGAUUUGUGAGAAAUUGCAUGGCCAAGACGAUUGAGGACGACGGAGAGAACGAGUACCUAGUGACGGACGAAAACGGCUGUGCCACUGAUGCCGCCGUUUUCGGAGAGUGGACCAAGGACUCUGGGAACCCAGGGAUCCUCAUGUCCCAUUUCGACGCCUUCAAGUUCCCUUCUUCCAAUUCGAUAAGAUUCCAGUGCAAUGUGCUGGUGUGCUUCGGCAAGUGCCAGCCCGUCAAUUGCGGCGGAGUUGAUGUCAUGGGCAGAAGAAGGAGACAGAUUUCCUACACCGACGUGGAGGACGAGGACCCGCAGGUCUUCGAGACCGUGUUUACGGGGCAAUUCAGGGAAGAGAUCAUGGUGGAGAGUAACGCCAUCCUCACGUUGGAGAAUACCAACAGAUUCGUGGAUCCCAAUGAUGACGCUGUGACUGCGGAGAGGAAGAUGGUGUGUGUGUCCAAAGUGGGAUUCAUCUUUGCGCUCAUCAUCACUGCGUUGCUGGCCUUGGUAGCAGUGGCUGUAGCAGUGUCCUGCUGGUUGAUGGCUGCUCGACGUCGUCCGCGACGUGACGGCCCUCUUCCGCACCCUCCAGACUUCCCGAACCCUCUUUUUACGACUCCAGAACCCUUGGCAGAGCCCUCGCCAGACUACUUGUCGUGAUGGGCCACGUUGUGAUCCGUGCUCAUGUUUUAUAAGGCACUUUUUAAAAUUGCUAACUGCUAAUAAGAACAUGUGAUUUUUUUUUCUUUGCGCGUACGCUUAACUGGUUGCCCGGUAGUGUAUGGUAGUCCCCAUUCACAAACCCAGUGGAUCCUUAAAACUCGCUUGGGCCAGAUUCCCCACAUCUUUUCUUUUUUUUUUUUCUUUUUGUUGCAGUGGUGCUUAUGCUUCUUCUGUUGGUCUUUUUUACACUGCCGCAAUAUGUCUUUCUUUUUUUUUUUUUUUGCUUUUCGCCCAAGCAGUUCUUUAUUGAUAUGCUUCGAAAAGAACUUUUCGUUUAUUGGUUAGAUAUUUAGUUGAAGGGUCAAGUUUCGAAUGGAAUGAGACUUGACCAGAACUGGGAACUACCAUUCCAACGCAGAUGCUAGACUGGUGGCACUGUAGUGUAUGAUGGCUCGACACCAAAGCGGUGUACAGUAAUUUAAAACGUUUUCUGAAAGUUUCAACGGUGACUGCUGCUGGAAGAAUUUAAUCACAGUGGUUGCUGAGACACUACAGCCCCAGGCCAGUUACACCUUCUCUUCUGUUCGGUGCUAGCAGUUCCCGGGGAUUAGGUAUUGUUUUAGGCGCCAACAAACUAUAUUGACUUCUUGAAAGAUGUGAUUCACAGCCAAAAUGGGCAGCUAUGUUAUAAUGUUGUUUAGAUGGAUUUUUGGGAGAGAAAGAAAGAGGAAGUAAUUUUUGUGUACUGAUAUUUUUGUGUUUUGUGUUGGAUUUGAGGUCUUGCUUCCCCGGUGUCUUCCUGUAUGCGCAUUUUUUUUUUCUUGGCUUCAUUUUACGAGGCAGUGUGUGAUUGGUUCUAAUUAGAAUUGGUCGGUGAAUAAAUUGUUCAGAAUGUCAAA